AUGACUCUCAUUUCUGGAACCGAUUUAACAGUUCCCGACAACUCAGAAUGUACCGUGCCGGCAGAUUUUGCUGUAUCAACUUUAACUGUCCGUGGAACUAUGUUAAUUACGUCACCGGCGCCAGUCACGAUUGAAGCUGUGACCAUAGACAUUCAAGCCGGUGCCAAGGUUACCGCUGACGCUAUAAUCGACGAUGGACCGGGGAAAGGCAACAGCCUUGGAUCAGGAGGUGGUCAUGGAGGCCGUGGAGGCAGUCCAGCCAACAACAUUCUGUCAACAGGUGAUGCAAUACCCUAUGGUAGUUUCGUCGAGCCAUACGAGCCAGGAAGUCCCGGCGGUAGCACAAACGGCGGCAACGGUGGUGGUGCUUUCCGCUUAAACGCUCAAGAUUCCAUCGACAUUAACGGUAUCUUGUCGGCAAACGGCGGGGACGGUGCCGGAUCUGGCGGCGGUGGCAGUGGCGGGAGUAUAUAUGUAAGCGCCAGCGUCAUUCGCGGUUCAGGCAUAGUAUCAGCACGUGGUGGAAAUGGCGCUAGCGACGGCGGCGGAGGUGGAGGUGGCAGGAUUACCCUCAAACACGGAACAGAUGAAUUCCUUGGGCAAAUAUUUGCCGACGGAGGCCUUGGAGGUUCUACUGAGGCAGUCCUUUCGUCUUCCGGUAUGGCGUCCAGCUCACAGCAUUCCUCCUACCCAGCAAGCUACGGGUCUCUCGGAUAUUCGGGCUCUAAGUCCUGGCGGCCGAGCUCCUACUCAAAUGCUUACCUGGAAAUGCGUCUAAGUGCUGAUCACUAUAUCACAGCAAUAGAAACUCGUGGAGGCCCGAACUCCAAUUAUUAUGUAAAGACAUACACUGUUAGAUACUACAAUACAUCCGCCGCUGCUUGGGUCAGUCUUGGGGAUGAGAAUUACGUGUUCGACGGUAACACGAAUGGCGGAAGUAAUGUGAAGACCGCUAUGCCAAAACCUAUGUACGCAAGUCGUGUUCGGCUAUAUCCAGUUGCAUACCAAAGUGGGAUCGAGCUUUCAUUUCGUUUAUACGGUUAUGCUCAAGGAACAUCAUCAAUGCCACCGACGGGAAUAUGCAGUCCUGCUUCAAAAGGUGGAUCUGGUGGAGCAGGGACAAUUUACAGAUGGCAAGAGAAUAAUCCUUCCACACUCACUAUUGACAACUACGGCAAAUCUACAUAUAUCACAAAAGAUUCUACAUGUGAGGCCAUGGAUGUUUUAACGCAAGGUGCGGCGGCUUACGUUUUAGAUACAUCCGUCGAUCUUGAAGAAGUUAUAAUUUAUGAUGGAUCCCAUCUUGUUAUGGCCAGUGACCAUAAUGUAACCAAUGUAGUUGGCGAUGGGAUGUCCAUGAUUCAUAUUGCAAAUGACACAGCCCUAACCGUCGUGGAAGAAAUGAGCGCGCAUGCACACAUAUACGCAGGAUGUGAAAUGAACUUUGAGGCAGUACCGGACGUGCAACUGGUCGGUUCCAUUUAUGUUCAGGGUGAUAUGAGCCUAAAUUCACAAAAUCAAACACUUAUUCUUCUUGAACCAGCAGCAGUUACAAUAAACUCUUCCUCGAUGGGCUCUAUAGAAGCAUUUGGCAUAGAAGUUCAAGCAAGUUCAGAAUUACAUAUCCAAAACGAUGUGUUUAAAAUGAUGGCCGAAAGCAUUGUCGUAGAGGGCACAUUUACAGCUGGGAUAUUGAAAUUGCAUGACUCGAUAUCUACAUUUACAGUGGGGACAGCAGGAAGCGUAGAGUUUGAACCUUAUUCGUCUGACAUGUAUAUUGGGUCUGACAUAGAUAUCCGUGGGGCUGUCACUUUAGGAAAACACGUUUCGAUCGUUAAUCCAUGCAAUCAGUUUCUGUUGGAAUCAGGGACACUAACCUGGCCGACAACUACAGACAUCAUUACAGUCGAGUGUACAACUGUUACGAUAAAUGGUCAGUUUACGCCAGGAACUGUCUCCUUUGGUAAUGGAACGACCGAUUUCACUGUUGGUUCAAGCGGUACAUUUACAUUCACUGCCGAUGGUCCAAUUCUAGCAAACACUGUUUCUAUUGCAGGUAAAAUGUAUGUUAAUAACAUUGCCACACUAGAAUCAGGAUUAUCGCCAGACAACCGUAUUGAAGCUUUUGCGAUUCAUCAUCCAGGUGGUGUCUUGGAGCUAUAUAAAACUUCUCUUCCGGCCCAACUGAACGGUACCACUCAACCAAGUGUUAACUGCAGUACCUUGAAAAUUAAAUCAUUAACUGUUGACAAAACGUUCGAAGCAGGUGAUAUAGAUAUUGACAUUGGAAUCGAUGCUAUUUCCGUAGGAAGGUACGGAACCUGGAAUUUCGGACCUUGCGCUCCAUUCCAUGUACACGAAAUGUAUACAAAUGGUACCAUUACAUCAAAGUAUCCAUUGACUUUGGAGGGUCAAGGGCUCCAUAAAGUUCAAGAAAUUUAUAUAGAGUAUGGCGGUACAAUUACACUAGAUUCACUGUCACAAAGUACAAAGAAUUGGGCAGGAACUUCUAUAGUUGGGGUACAUGACUUCCAAAUGUAUGGUAAAUUCUACGCCGGUUCGUUGAAAAACCAUGUUGCCGGCGACGAAGGCUGGGACAAACUUGAUAUCUAUAAGAAUGGUACAUUCUAUUUCGAACCAGUCGGUCCUUUCAUCGUUGACUAUGUAUAUACUAAUGGCCGUUUCGAAUCAUACACUUCCCUCAAUAUGACAUCAGUUGAUACCGAUCUUAUUGUCCACGUCGACACACAUGGGUAUGUCAAGUUCGAUUCCCUGAUAAGCUCGGGCUGGACGGAUGAAUCAGCAGUAACCGCGGGACAAAUUCAAAUGGAAUCCGGAUCCUAUUGGCAGUCUGGAAACACUAGGUGGGAAGUUACAGAGGCAAUACUAGGUGGAACACUGUACUCAUAUCCAUCCUCGGAUGCGCAAUUUGUUUAUUUCACCGUAACGAGUGGUGGUAACGUCGACUUCUCACGUACUACCUUAUUUAAAGGACAUGGUUUCAACGUGAAUGCGGGUGGAACGUUAGAUAUUGCCUACCAGCAUACCCCUGAUGAUCCGUCACAAGGUUCCAAUGCUUCUGAGCUGUUGUACAAGACCGUAGAUAUUGAAGGUACUCUUAAAGCCGGGUCUCUCCAUAUUGGUCACCUUGGAAACGGUGUACAGUUUUGCGAAAACAUCUACAUAUCCGGUACAUUAGACGUCAGUGGCGGCGGAUAUCUCUAUGAUACAGGUCCAGGUAUGGGUCAGGUGUCGUCGAGCGGCGGUAGUGGCGGCAGCCAUGGUGGACGCGGAGGACGCGGCUAUGGUCACAUGUAUGCUCUACAACCGUAUGGUACCAUCUUUGAGGAAAGCACAUGGGGAUCCGGCGGGGGAAGUCACACGAACAAUGGCAAUACUGGUGGCCGUGGCGGAGGUUUUGUUCACAUGUACGCUACUAUGGGAAUUGAAAUCAGCGGAAGUGUAUCAGCAAGCGGGAAGAACCCAUCGUCUAAUACAGCCGGUGGUGGUAGUGGCGGCAACAUUUACAUGCACAGUGAAGCCAGUUUCACCUUGACCGGAAAUCUUUACUGUAAUGGCGGUUCAACUUCCGGUAAAGGCGGAGGCGGAAGUGGUGGACGGGUUCACGCAUUUUUCCAACAUGGUGACUUCCACACUGGCUUUGUACAAGCGAAGGGUGGAAGUUCAAGUUCAGGAGAACCGGGUGGACCAGGAAUUUCAUACUUCCAGGGGUUGACUAUCAGCAACCUGAGGAUAGACAACGGUUGUCAGAAGCCACUGGUAACUGAACCAACUGGUAGCGUUGCAGGUUCAACAGAGUAUGACGCUUAUCUUCAAACAGGUGGCAUUGCCUAUCUGCUGCCGAACUCCAGUGAUUACACGUUCCUGUUUACUCACGUUGAGUUGUACGGUGGUGCCCAUCUUGCAUUAGGCGGGAACGGUACUAAACUGCAAGCUGAGUACAUGUACGGUGACGACACGGGACAUCUGCAUAUUGGACCAGGACAAACUUUUGAACUGACCGAGGUUGCGCCUUAUAAACGGACGAAUGUAACAUACGAGGUGUAUUUGUACGAAGGAGCAGAGUGGAUUAUGCCGGAAUCGACUCUAGAGUUCCGUGAGGUUUUGAACCAACAAGGGCUUGGCAUGUCAACAACAUCAACUUCCUGUUCUUCUACUUAUCUUCGAUCAACUUCCGGUCACCUUUGGGGAACAGUAGAUGGAACAAAAACACAUUUACUGGUAUCAACAGGUGCGACUGUGACACUUGGUCGCGCAGGCAUCCGUACCAACCAGUUUGCCAACCUUACCAUUCAAGAUGGCGGCACAUUGGAGUUUGAAACAGCAUACGGCGACGUGAACGACAUCUGGUCGCUCGAGAUCCGCCGCACCCCAAACACUGGUAUGAUUACAAUAGAGGCUGGUGGAAUCCUAACUGGCAGAAACCUGAAAAUUGACACAGAUAUUCUGAAAGUCGAUAAACUGGGCACCCUUACAGUCAGUGAAAAUGGUCUUACAGAUGGCACUGGUCAGGGAACCAGUAAUACUGGUGGUAGCUUUGGUGGCCGCGGUGCAAGCGGGAGCCAGGGCGGUAGCCCCGGAGACACGUAUGGGUCCGUCUUCAACACUGAUAAAAUGUUUGGCAGCGGUGGUUACGGAGGUUCGAGCAGCUACGGAUCAGGUGGUGGCAUCUUGGACCUGAAUAUAUAUCAUAUUCUCCGAGUGGAAGGCACUAUUGAAGCUAAUGGCAAGAACGGGUACAGCAGCAACAUAGGUGGAGGCAGUGGUGGAUUUAUUAAGAUCUCUGCACGUGAUCUGGAAGGAUCUGGAAGUAUCCAGGUUGUCGGUGGGGAUGGCGGCUCCACAUCGGGUUCCGGUGGAGGAGGUCGUCUUGCUAUACAUUACUCCACAACAGAGUUCUGGUUCGGAGAACUUGAUGCGCGUGGUGGUUACAGUGCUAGCGGCGGCAUUGGUGGUGCCGGAACUGUCUACCUUAAGGAUAUGAAGUCUGGUGCAUCUAACGAAACACUAAUCAUCGACAAUUUCGGACAAACCAAAUCUGACCUGGAAAUCAGUGAUCACACAUAUAGUGCAUACAACACAGAGGGUGGAAUAACGUGGAUAUCAGAUACCACACUCACUCAGAUGAACACAAUAAAAAUAGUCCGUGAUGCACAUAUUGCCAUCCAUCCCGAUCUUGUCGCGAACACGUUUGAGCUUCGCUCCCUGAUGUUUGAAGGUGAUAGUACCGGAAAUAUACAUGUUGGACCAGAUCAGAUGGUUGUUGUCGAGCAUCCAGAGGACCUCGAGUUUCUAGUUAACGUCUACGUAUAUGAGGGUGGCACCCUCUUGCUUCCAACUGAUUUUAUCUGUCACAACAUUAAAAUGUACAUUUGGGGUACAAUCGGUGUAAACGACAUGACCGUCGGCGACGGAUGUUCCCUGUAUCUUGGAAGUCAGGGUACUACAAAACGCACAGGUCUUACCGCAACCUCGGGCAAGUUUGACUUUGUUGAACUAACUGUGGCAGCAGGUGGUGAAAUUACAUCUACUCAUGACCUCACUGGUGUAAGCGACGCUAUCAACAUAAAGGCGGACGUACUACGCGUACAAGGUGGCGGAAUAAUACAUUCUACUCAUAUCGACAUCCAAGCCAGGAUACUGAUCGUCCAUGAUCUAGGUCAGAUUAUCGGAGAUUUGCACACAAUAUCUUGUACAGCUGGCUACAGUGGCAGCUCUGGAACCAUAGGAACAGGUGCUGGUCAUGGUGGCCGAGGUGGAGGAAGUACAUCCAACAAAGUUACCGGAGAACCAUAUGGACAAAUUUAUGAACCAGUAGACCGCGGCUGUGCCGGGGGAUCCUCCUCUGUGGGUUCCGGCACAGGUGGCCGUGGUGGUGGUAAAAUUUACAUUCGGGUGACGGAGGAACUCCAGAACGACGGACAAAUCAGUUGUAGUGGAGAUUCUGGAACUGGUGCCGCCGGUGGUGGAAGUGGAGGGUCAAUCCUGAUGGAUAUCGCUAAUAUUAAGGGUUACGGAGAAUUUCAAGUGAUCGGCGGGGAUGGUUCCACGUCCGGAAGCUAUCAGGGUUGUGGCGGCUCUGGUGGUCGUAUUGCCAUGUUCUUUGAUAGAAAUUUUACUUUCACCGGCUCCUGGGAUGUCUAUGGUGGUGACUCGUCGACGCCAGAAUGUGACGGUGCCUCGGGCACGGCGUUCCUUUAUCAUAAUGGAUACAGCCACUCAACUUUGCUGGUGAACAACAUCGGACGAGGUGUGUCGGGAGAAAAGGGACAAAUUGCAGACUAUUCCGACCUUUCAGAAGAUGUAGCACACACAUGGUUCUUGCCAGAGCAUGGCACAAACACCAGAUUUCCAACAACGACAAACGAAUACUACUUUGACGAACUACAGAUAUAUGGUAAUGCUCAUCUUGCUGUGGUAACAGACCCGGUAGGUUCCGCUGCGACAAUAUACUUCGAGAAUAUGAUUGGUGACCGUACUGGAGCCAUUCAUGUGGGAGAAAAUCAAGUUAUGGAUCUGAAAAGAGAUAAGAUUGAUCUCCCCUUUAAUGUCCAUGUGUAUCCGGAUGGCUUCUUGGGUCUUGCUCCAGAUACCUAUGUCCAAGAUAUUGAGAUUUUCCUAAACGGUACUCUCGCAUAUAUUGAGAAUCUCACGCUUCAUCAUGACGGAAAUCUCUGGCUUUACCAGAAAGGAAAAACAGAUAGCCUUCAAGAUGGCUACUAUGACUUCCAGUAUGUGCAUGUAAAAACUGGAGGUUAUUUCCACAUGAUAACUGACCCAGUUACCCAGCACGGUAUUCACUUGAAGACUAUCGCAACACACAUAGACGGUGGGGGCUUAAUUCGGGGAACCCAUCUGUUCUUCGAGUCCACCAAUAUCACGAUUGAUGCCGGCGGAAGUUUGAAUGCAGAUUAUCUUGGGUACAGACUAAAUGACACUGCAACCGGAACAUCCGGAAUGUAUGGUGAGAUAAAUCCUGGUCUUGGACACACAGGAACAGUUUCACUGUCAAAUGCCGGCAAUAGUGGCAUUUAUUCAGCGUCAGGUGCCGGCCAUGGUGGCAGCGGCGGACGUGGUGAAGGAGAAGUUCUUGGUGGAGCUCCUUACGGAGACUUAUAUGAACCAACGCUAUUUGGCUCAGCCGGUGGUGGUGAUGGAGGUGGUAGAGGUGGUGGUCGGAUAUGGCUCAAUGUUACCAACACCAUCCAGAUAGAUGGAAGCCUGACGGCUAACGGCGAAGAUGGUAUAACGAUCCUAGGACGCCUUGGUGGUGGCGGCAGCGGCGGGAGCAUCUGGCUACACACCGACAGGGUAACGGGUUUCGGUCUUAUACAGACUGGUGGAGGUAGCGGGUCAAAGCAAACAUACACUUCCGGUGGCGGUGGUGCAGGAGGCAGAAUCGCCAUGUACUUUAAACAAAAUAGUACUUUCAGUGAAUUUCGCUACUUGUCUAAUGGCGGUUGGCCUGGUAGAGUUUGUGACGAAUGUGAAGCCGGUGGCCCAGGUACUGUGUUCUUAUAUCACAUGAUAGAGGACCAUAGGACACUGGUCAUUGAUAACGAUAACGCACCAUCCCCUAAAGACUUAUAUGUAAACUGGGCGGACCUUACUGAAGACGGGGGACGGGCUUGGAUUUUGCCCCAGUCUGGUACACAUGCCUUUGCUCAAGGUACAACGGGCGGGUAUGCGUACGAGUUUGAAGAGCUGCAAAUUUACGGAAAUGCACAUUUGGCAGUGAUGCCUCCAACACAAAACAACGUCGCCAACCCAGCUAGCACAGUUGCCCCGUUUAAUUUGGGGAACGGUGUUAACGUAAAUGAUUAUAACAUUAUAAUAUUUUUCAAAUACAUGAUUGGUGAUAGGACUGGAGCUGUUCAUGUUGGCGAUAAACAAGUAAUGGAUCUACUUACAAAUAUGACGAGAGAAGAGAUUGAUCUUCCUUUUAACUGUUACACAUAUGCAGGUUCAUACCUUGGACUCGCACCUAUGACUUAUGUUCAUGCUGUAGAAAUCCAUCUUGCUGGUAUCAUGGCCAAUGUGCACAAUAUCACUCUGCGACUAGGUGGAUACCUGUGGCUGAAGCAUGGAGGUCACACGGUAGAAGAAAUUGAAAGCGGUUACAAAUAUGACUAUGUCAGAGUUCAAGACGAUUCCACGCUAAAUGCAACUACCGAUCCUAUUGAUGAAGAGGGUAUAACCUUUUAUGUGAAAGGUAUGCUCAUUGAAGGAGGUGGUAAAAUGCAUGGAACGUAUGUCACUAUUAAUGCCGAAAACGUUACCGUCGACGCAGGCGGACACUUGUCGGCUGAUGGCCUCGGCUAUAGGUUCGAACAUGAUCAGACCACGCACGGAUCUAGCUCUCUACACGGAACUGUAAACCCAGGUGCUCCAGAUGCUACAGACGGAAUCGGCGGAGGCGCUGGUCACGGUGGUACUGGAGGAAAAGAAGACAGUGCCACGUCAAGGUCAGGCUUUGCGUACGGCGAUAUAUAUGAACCACAAAAGAUGGGUUCUUCCGGUGGUGCAGGAUUGUAUAAUCUUGCUGGUGGCUCCGGUGGUGGACGUCUGUGGUUUAACGUAACGGAUACAAUUUUCAUCGACGGUGUUGUAAGCGCUAAUGGUGCAGAUGCCCCUUUCAACGCUUCCGGCGGCGGAUCUGGCGGUUCCAUCUGGAUGCAUUGUAACUACAUUCAGGGGUACGGUAAUAUCACUGCUCAUGGUGGUGCAGGUUCUAACUAUACACAAGACACUGGCAGUGGCGGUGCUGGUGGCAGAGUGGCCGUGUAUUUCCAAGUGAAUGAAACAAUGUCCGAAUUCCGUUACCUUGCAUAUGGUGGAGCUGCAGGUGGGGCUAAUUCUGAAGCUGGAGGUGCCGGAACUGUGUUUGUAUAUCACAUGCAGGAAAAUCAUACUACAAUUAUUCUUGAUAACGACGGUCAACACCCACGUGACCAUCACAAUGUUAUUGCAGACUAUAAUGAUCUUACUUACGACUCUUGUCGUACCUGGAUUUUGCCAGAAUCUGGAUACAACACAUUUGCGAACGGCAAGUUUUCGUUUUCAUUUAAUGAGCUUCAGAUUUACGGAGCUGCUCACAUGGCCGUGUUGCCAGAGCCGGUUGGUACCCCAGUCGACAUUUUCUUCCUUUACAUGAUCGGGGACAGAACGGGUACCAUGCAUAUUGACAAUCAACAAGUAAUGGACCUUGAAAGAAUUGAGAUUGACCUUCCAUUUAACGUUCGAGUAUAUGCUGGAGGCUUUCUUGGUCUUGCACCCGUUACCAUCAUACAUGGUGUGACCAUUUGGUUACAUGGAGAAAUGGACCACGUGGAGAAUAUGACUCUGCAUCACCAAGGCCACCUUGCCUUACAAACAGGUGGACACACAACCGGCAACCCGGCAGAUAGUUUUGAUUACCUCUGGGUAAGAAUUCAAGAUAACGCAACAAUAAGUAUCUUAACUGAUCCUGUCGCAGACCCUCAGUCGAUCUUCAGAGUUGCCAAUGAAAUUUCCAUGGAAGGCGGUGCUAACUUCUUUGGUACUAACAUGAAGAUAAUUGCUACUGAUAUAACACUGGACUAUGGCGCUACAAUUCAUACGGAUUCACUUGGUUAUCGUCCAGAGGACCCUCAGACAUCUACAGUAAAUUUGGGUAUCGGAACGACGAGUGCGAGCGGUUCCUCUGGAGCAGGUCACGGUGGUACAAGUGGCAAAGGUGCUGGAACCGCACUAACAGGACAACCUUACGGGCACUUGUUCCAACCACUUGAACUAGGCAGCGCUGGUGGUGGUGGUGCUAACGUUGGAGGCCAAGGUGGCGGGAAACUUUACAUCAAGGUAUCAAAUCGCUUGAUGAUAGACGGUGAAAUUCGAACAAACGGUGGAGACGCUAAAGCGCAAAUUGGCGGCGGUGGAUCUGGUGGUUCAAUUUUGAUAGAUACCUACAAGUUCAGAGGAAUGGGUAACAUUACUGCUAAUGGUGGAGGUCGUUAUGUAAAUGGCAAUGGUGGAGGUGGCGCAGGCGGUCGUAUUGCUAUCUACUUCCGGGAGAAUGUCACUUAUUGGGGAGAAUACCAAUGUCACGGUGGUUAUUCCUUUGGAAGCGCCGAAUCAGGUGGCCCCGGCCUCGUUUUCAUCUACAAUGUUGAAAAGAAUCACAGUACUCUGUACAUUAAUAAUAAUAUGCGCCAGACUACCGAUGACGUGAAUUUAAUUCGGGAUUACACUGAUAUAUCCGAAGACAGAUUUAAGGCUUGGAUUUUGCCGACAUCCGGUGACCACUGGCUUGCUGGAGGCAACAGCGAUUAUCGAUUCAACGAGUUGCAAAUCUUUGGAAAUGCUCAUUUGGCUCUCCUACCAGAACCUUACGUUGGUGGAUGUAAUCUUCAUUUCCAACAUAUGAUCGGAGACCGAACAGGAUUCGUGCACGUAGGACCGUAUCAAAUUAUGGAUCUGAAACGCACCUUUUUAGACACACCUUUCAGCUCUUACGUUUACGACGGUGGUUACCUAGGACUUGCACCAGAAACAUUCCUAGAGAGUGUGUUUGUUCACGUGGAAGGAACAGUAGAUCAUAUACAUAAUCUAACACUUAUCCAGGGCGGUGGUAUGAGACUAUUCAAAACUGGUUCGACCAAUCAAAGAAGUCCUUUGACUUACGUUAUUGAAGGUCUCACAGUUGUAAAGGCUGACUCUUACAUAAAUUGUUCCAACCCAAAUGCAGAUUCCGAUUCCUAUGAGCUGACAUUUGGCUGGGUAAUUGUCGAAGGAGGCGGCCUGAUUAAAGGCGGGAAUCUACAUAUAAUGGCAACUGAUUUUACUAUUGAUGAUGGCGGUACUGUAGAUGUCAGUAAUGGUGGACAUUUGCCUGACCAGGGAUCGGGCGCUGGUAUAUGGAGUAUGCUAGGAUCCAGUGGUGCCUCUCAUGGCGGUCUUGGCGGGCGCGGUGGCUGUGGUGGCUAUACAACGUGCAGGCUUGAACGCAGCAUGCCUUAUGGUGACCUUUACCUUCCUAACGAACAUGGAUCCGGUGGUGCGCUGUCAAAUGGUGGAACAGGUGGAGGUGUCAUUCAUAUGGAAAUAGCACACACCUUAGCUGUUGAUGGAUACAUUAAGUCAAACAGUGAGAACACCAUUAGUGGCAGCACAAAUGGCGCAAGUGGUGGUAGCGGCGGCAGCAUUCUCAUUCAGACGUUCAACUUUACCGGCAGUCAUACAGGACACAUACAGGCUCUUGGUGGGUCAGGAGAUACUACUAAGGGUGGUGGUGGUGCUGGCGGAAGGAUUGGCCUGUAUCAUUCCCGUCAUGAAACUAUACCAUACCACAGGGGCUAUUAUGAUGUGUAUGGAGGUACACCGGGAACCAAUGCUGAAGCUGGAGCCUCUGGUACGGUGUAUGUGCAGGAUGAUGAACGAUCCUACAACAUGAUCCAAGUUGACAACAAUGGACAGAGCCAGAUAGCUGAGGAUACAUCUGUAGCUAAUGAAGGAUAUCGUAUUGACCUCUCAUCAGCAACAACUGAUUACAGCAAAACAACUUCUUACACAACAACAGAUGGCCAUACUGUUUCCGUAGAUCAGAGUAUAUAUGACUGUGACUGCAGCCACAGUUUAUGCUACUGUCCAUACAGCAACUCUGCCUCGUACUAUAGAUUACAUCACUUGUUUGAUCAAACGUUACGCACGUCUCAGACUGAUUAUUUCAUGGUGGAAUCAGGGGCAGCAACUCUCACAAUUACACUAAACCAACAGAUGCAUAUUAACAAAAUCAAAGUGUACCCAAUUAUCAGUCACUACACAAAAUUCAAGGUGACGGCAUACACUUCAUCCAAUGAUCCAAUAGAAGUAACCAGUAACUAUGUUCUCCCAAGCUCAAGUGGGGUUCAAGGGGCCUAUGUGGAUCUUCCUGUGCGUCAAGAUGCUGUGCGGGUUGUGUUUGAACUCAGUGGAUCAGGAUCUCAGUAUUCGUACCCAGCUCUCAGUGAGAUUGAAAUUUUUGCGGAAGAAGCCAAUGACCAUCUGAGGUACAAACAUAUUGGACUUGGUGGAGCGUCAACAUGGAUCUUUGCUGACAACAAUGAGCAGUUCACAUUCAGUGAUAUCUUUAUCAAGGGAGAUGCCCAUCUUGGCUUCGUGCCAAAUAAUGGAUAUCAAGAUUCAGCCACUAUUUUUGCUGACAAUGUUAUUGGUGAUAAAACUGGAUAUUUCCAUGUUGGCUACAACCAAGAUUUCACUGUAAACAACACAGAUUAUGAUGUUCCCUUCAACACUCACGUGUAUGAGAAGGGUCACAUUACAUAUCCACCAAGAGACUUUUUCUACAAGACAAAACUUUAUUCUUCUGGAAAGAUCUCUGGUAUAGAAGACCUGUAUGUGUUCAAGGAAGGUCUAGUCUCAGUUGAUGCCAAUGGUAGCUUAGCAACCACUCAUACUGCAGCCACAGUGUCACUAAAGUCACUCCAUGUUCAGGAGGCUGGUACAUUUGAACUGUACUCUGAUUCUCCACUCAAUACCUUCACUAUUGAUGCUACAAAUAUUUCUAUAUAUGGAGGUGGCCAUUUCAAAGUGAAUACUGGCUUGAACAUGACAGUACAUCACCUGCUGGCUGUGUACUCAGGUGGUAAAGUAGAUCUGAGUGGAUCAGGAUUCAGGCCUAACACCGGACUAGAAGGCCCUGGAGCUGGCAUAGGAUCAACCUCUGGUGGUAGUGGCGGAGGUCAUGGUGGCAGUGGAGGACGGGGUUCAAGCCUCAGACCUGUAGGUACCGGUUACGACUCUCUCUACAGCCCGGGUAAAGAAGGAUCAGCUGGUGGAUAUGGUCUCUACUAUGGUGACCUCUAUUUUGGAGAUGAAGCACAUGGAAACCAAGUGAUACAUAAAACAUUAGGUGGUGUUGGCGGAGGUUAUCUCACUGUUAACAGCAGACAUGUUGACAUUGAUGGUCUUGUUGCAGCUAACGGCAUGGAUCCUGAUUCCAGAUUUGACCAAGGAGCCGGUGGUGGUGCUGGUGGGUCAGUCUGGAUUGUAUGUGAGGAAAUUGUUGGACAUGGAACAAUUACUGCUAAUGGUGGUAAUGGAGGUGGAGCUGUCAAUCAGGCAGGUGGGGGUGGAGCUGGUGGCCGAAUCUCUGUCCAGUGUGAUAAUGUGAACAAGUUUAAUAUCACCAUGCAAGCCUAUGGAGGUGUGAGUAACAGUGAAACUGGUGGUGCAGGAACAAUGUACCUCGAAUCCACCCACAGCAAUGGUACUCUCAAUGUCCAGAAGCUUACAGUAGACAAUAACGGACAUGCCUACCCACAUGCCACUUCCUACAGUCAAGGUGACUUAAGAAAUCUUUUGGAUGGAGAAUAUUCAAACAUCAGUUUCUCUGGUGGUGUUACUUGGAUCUAUCAUGAUAGCUUCACGUACAAGUUCAAGGAGCUAGAUGUGCGUGGCAAUGCACAUGUUGCCAUCCUCAGUGAUACUGAAAAUGAAAAUAUUGAUCUACGUGUGGACUUCCUGUGGGGAGAUAGAUCUGGUGUAUUGCAUGCUGGGAAGAAUCAGACAUUUGGGCUCAGUGAGGUUGAUGUGUACCUUCCUGCCAAUCUUGCUGCAUACAGGCACAGUAGAAUAGAAGUGCCAGCCAAGAUGACACUGCGUGAAGUAUGGUCAGAAAUUAAUGGUACUAUAGAAGGCAUGGAUGUAAUUGCUGUCGAGAAUGAAGGAGAGCUUUACAUCUGGUCCUAUGCUAACUCUGAUGGAUAUGAGGAAGGUCAGCUCGUAGCUACAAAUAUCUCCAUACGUGCUGGUGGAAAGUUUGAGCCCUUAACUGCGGUGACCCAAAUGAAGUUGAAUGUGACCAGACUUGUGAUUAAUGGAAAUGGUUAUCUAAGGACAAAUAACCUGAAGCUUGGGGCCACCAAUGUGACCAUAGAUCUUUCAGGUGACUUCCAUGCGGAUUUCACUGGCUAUUCAGGAGGUACAGGUCCAGGUGCUGGUAGAAGUGCCAAUGAUUAUGAAGGUGGAGGGUCAGGUGGAGGUCAUGGAGGUCGCGGGGGACGAUGUAAAUCUGGAUUAUUCUCUGCCUAUGCCUACGACUCUAUCUACACACCAGCUGAAAAAGGAAGUGCUGGAGGUAACUCUCCUACUGGGGAAGGUGGAAGAGGUGGAGGCAUAAUUUAUCUGUAUGUGGAAGAUGAACUGAGAGUUGAAGGUCGUUUACAUAGCAACGGUGAAAAGGGCAGUGAUAGUAAGGCUGGAGGCGGUGCUGGGGGUUCUCUUUACAUCUCUGUAAACCAUCUUGAUGGAACAGGAUCUAUUGAAGCAACUGGUGGUGCAGGUAAUUCUAGCAAUAGUGGUGGAGGAGGUGGUGGUAGAAUUGCCAUUUACCACACAGACCAGAACCACUUCACCGGGGAAUACCUCAUACAUGGUGGGUGGGGUACAUACCAGUAUGGCGGAGCUGGAACUGUGUAUAUUGAGUCUCACUAUGUAACUCCACACUACCGACACCUCAGAACAGACAAUGGCGGCUAUACCUCCAGCAACCGAAUCUAUGAGGUUGAACGUCUGAAUCUGACUGGAAAUUAUUUUUCGACAACUAAUGCUCUAGAACUGACGUUCCACACCCACAGUGGUAUUAACAUCACAACAGAUGCCCUACCACAUGCAAUCCAUCAUUAUUCCUCAGGACACUAUGAUUAUUACUCUCCCGUGUAUUCUCUGAGCUACCUGUUCAGUGAUUCUAAAGCCAAUGUGAACUAUUUCUACAUGGCGGCAGCAACAACAGCUACACUGACUAUCGACCUACCGUAUGAGACAUACGUAGAGUACCUACACGUGUACCCAUUCUGUAGCCAGUCAUAUAGUGCAAAUGGUAAUAACUAUGGAAGUCUUGUGACCUAUUAUGCUGCUGAGAGUUCCCUAGCUGGUGGAUCUCCGACCAAUCUGACCGGAGGCUACGUCACCACUGACUACUGCCAGACACAAACAGUUGCUGACCAGUAUGGUAUCGUUGAAAUACGGGACAAUGUUGAUCAGAUCACCAUAUAUCUAAAGGCAACAGGUAGUUAUGUAGCUCUAAGUGAGUUAGAGAUCUAUGUACGAGAAGACCCUGCUGCUACAACACAAACCCCAUAUUCUAAUGAAAAUGGAACUGGCUACAUUCUUCCAGAAGGAACUGGUACAAAUUUUGAAUUUGACAAGCUUGACAUUUUGGGGGGAGCCUCACUUAACUUAGAUGGUGUCAACAUGAACCUGACAGCUCAUGAGGUAGAAGGUGACGAUACAGGUAGAGUUACCCUGAGACGUACACAGACGUAUGAGAACACAGAGAGCCGAGUGCUUCAGACAUUCGGUGUUCUGUCUCAGAGAGAAUCUCAUGUUAAUCUUCCCCCAGAACUUGACUGCCGUGGAAUUGACAUGUAUAUCAAAGGACAUUUCCGUACCAUGGAGAACAUUACAGUAAAUGCACGGUGUAACCUGACCAUAGAUCACCAUGUCAUCACUGAGAAUACCAUAGAUAAUCUGGAUAUCAAAACAUUCGGUUCUGUAGCAGUCUUCACAGAGGAGGAAGCCUUGACCACUCUCAUUGGCACCACAUUGACUGUGCGCAGUGGUGCUCGGUUGACAUCAAAUGACCUGAAGCUAGACUACUACAAUAUAACUAUAGAACCAUAUGGUCUUCUCACUGUCACAAAAGGCUGUCCAUAUAAUCUUCAACAUAAUGGUGUUGGGGCAGGACAUGGAGAUGUUGGGGGUAGUUCUGGAGGAGGUCACGGUGGUAAUGGAGGUCAAGGUCAGGCUGAGCCAGUUGCCGGUGGUGCUCACGACUCAUUCCUAUACCCCACCAAGUUUGGUAACAAUGGUGGUCAUUCCUUGUUCCCACACCUUGGUGGCAUUGGAGGAGGCAGACUGUACCUGAAAGUUAACCAUACAUUAACUGUCGACGGAUUCUUGACUGCACUUGGAGGUGACUGGAGAUCAGUGGCAGCUGGAGGUGGAAGCGGAGGCACCAUCCAUAUUGAGACUUAUACCAUAGAUGGGAAUGGAGAUAUUGAUGCCUCAGGUGGUGCAGGAUAUGAUGGAACUUGGGCACCUCAUGGUGGUGGUGGUGGUGGUGGUAGAGUUACACUCUACUACAUGUACAACUUUUAUGUGGGUGAUUUCAUCAACCAUGGUGGCUCCGGUGGAAGCAGUGCUGAGCCUGGUGGCCCUGGAACAGUGUACUUGCAUAAGUUACCAGAAUUACUUGCAAAUGGUUCAGUCCCAACUGGCUUCAGUGAUAACAGAACACUUUAUCUAAACAACAAAGGGUAUGAACCACGUGAUCCAUACAGGAAUUUGACAGAUUUAUAUGCAUUUUAUCCAAAUGCAAGUGGUGUAGCAUGGAUCUGGCCUGGUUCCUACCCACCUUCAGUCAUAGUUGCACAGCCGGGUAUCAGUACAAUAAUGGAUGUGACCUUGGAUUACUUGAAGGUAUAUGAAAAAGCUCAGAUGGGUAUGGUGCGACCUAUACAUACAGAAAAGAUAGAUCUCAAUGCCAUGUACACUGAAGGUGACAGAACUGGACAUGUACACAUUGGAUACAACCAGACAUUAUUCAUAGGUACUGGGCAGCUGCCUCUUGACGUAUCACUAUACCAUGGCAGUGCAACAACGUUACAAGGUGAACUCCGUGUAGCAGGUGUAACAGUCAUGAUUGAAGGUGUUGUUGAUAAUGUGGAAAAUAUGACCAUUGUCGAUGGUGGAACAUUGAAGAUAAACUACAUGAUGGACCUGGACUUCCAGCGUAUAGAUGCCAUCUCAUUCACUUCAUUCAGUAUCAGAAACCGAGGCUCACUCAUCAUGAACAAUGACGAGUUCCAGCAUAAAAUGACCGGGCAAAACAUGCAGAUAUAUCCAGGUGGUACACUGCAAGCCAAACAUCUGUUUGUCAAUGUGGACACACUGCUUAUUGAUGUCAUGGGAACAUUUAAUGCAGAUAAUCUUGGAUAUUGUAACAUGGAUGGUCCUGGUGCUGGUUACACAGUUCAGGAUGGAGCGGGUAACUCGUAUGGUACUGGAGGAAGUCACGGAGGUGAGGCCGGAGCUGAGAACUCAACAAUGGCUGCCUCUUCAGCUUAUGGCAAUUUCAUCUCACCAGAUAGAUUUGGUAGUGCUGGUGGUGAUGCUGCAACUCAGACAGGUGGCUGUGGUGGUGGUAUAUUGAUCUUGAAUGCGAACACCCUGCUCAAAGUUGAUGGAACCCUGAGUGCCAAUGGUGAAGAUGGUUCCUCUAAUUCUGGUGGUGGUGGUGGUGGCAGUAUUUACAUGACAACACCAGAGUUUGAUGGUACCGGUACCAUUGAGGUGAAGGGAGGUUCAGGAAGAAAUGGCGGUGCUGGUGGGAGAUUGGGUAUUGCCUAUGGAUUUAUAAACUUUAUCGGAGAGUAUUACUCAGAUGGAGGUGUAGGCAAUGGUGGAGAAAACGCUGCAGCCGGAACUGUGUUUACGAAGGAUACAGGUGUCAAUGGAACAAAAACAUUGAAAAUCUACAACAGAGAGGGAGAAGGAAAUCGUAGGACAAGAAUUUCUAUCCCACAAAGCAAGACAAGUGACCAUGAUAUUGAUACACUUGACCUUGGUGACUAUGCUGAGGUUGGUCUCCUAGCAACAGAUGAUGACGGUAACCCAGUGACAGGAAGACGUGACCUUUACCUUCAGCUUGUCGAAGGUGAUUACACGGCUACAGUGCAUGUUGAAGAAGGCAUGUGGUUGAACAUUGAUUUCAAAGAUUCAGCAGUGCUGUCUUUCAGUGUUGCAGUAUACCCUGAUGCUCAAGUCAAUCUACCAUCAGAUACCUAUCUUAAAGAUGUAACAGUGUAUGACUACGGUGGCACUAUCACUGGUCUGGAAACAUUCAACAUCUCUCGUGGUGGUUCUGUCAAGGUAUAUCCCCCGGCAAUCACUAACCCUCAUUACAAACCCAUCGUAUAUGAUCUGAACACUAUCAGUAUCCUUGAUGGUGGAGUCUUCACAUAUUAUGGUAAAGCUGAGGACGGGGAUGUUUUCGAAGUGAACCUAGCCGGAGAUCUGAUGAUCAGAGGUGGAGGAGAGAUGUAUGUUAACAAGAUGAAAUUAACUGCUGUCAACAUUACGGUAGAAUCUGAAGGUCUACUCAGUGCCUCAAGUGGAGGUUAUCUACCUGGAGGUGGUGUUGGUGCUGGUAUUGGUCACACUGUUGGCAGUUCUGGAGGCUCACACGGAGGUGUAGGUGGUCAAGGUAGCAACGCUGACCAUGCAGGUUUAGCUCAUGGUAGCGUCCACCAGCCCACUGCUUACGGUAGUGGAGGUGGCGUAGAUACCUCAGCAAACUACGGACGAGGCGGAGGCGUACUAGAACUGACAGCCAGUGGGUACAUAGAGAUUGACGGAGAGGUUAGAGCUGAUGGGGAGGAUGCCAAUGAGACCGCAGUCGGUGGUGGAGCUGGUGGCUCCAUCUUAAUGACCUCGGACACAUUCUCAGGUACUGGAGUGAUCUCGGCCGGCGGUGGUGCCGGUGCUUGUGUACCACACUGUACCAGUUGUGACUCCUACAGGAGAUGUUUGAGCUGUGAGGCUGGCUACAACUGGUAUCACUAUCUCUGUCUUGGUGCUUCUAUCACAGCUGAGAUUGCUGGUGGUGGUGGUGGAGGAGGUAGAGUUGCUGCAUAUGUUACCACUGAGAACACUUACCGUGGUGAAUACCAGACAUAUGGAGGUAAAGGAUUCUCCGAGAGUGGUGGUUCCGGAACUGUAUACGUCAAGGCUCCGGACACUGCUAACGGCACUCAAGUAUCCUCUCUAUAUAUGGACAAUGAUAACACUGUUCCUAAAAACACCUACAUUGAUGACGUGCUGCAGGACAGCUGUAGGACAUAUAUCAUCACAGACACGGGUGAUACUGCCUUAGAUAUGACCUUCGACCAUGUUUACAUUAAAGGAAGUAGUCAUUUGGCUCUGAGGGAGGCCACCACAUCUAGUGUAGACAUUACUAUCAACAUGUUGCAUGGCGACCUUUCAGGAAUGAUCCAUACUUCUGUUGAUCAGAAAAUCUCGCUUGUUGAUAGUGACAGUCCUAUACCUGCUUCGUUCAGAGUGUAUGACACUGCUACCAUCCAGCUUCCAUCAGAGUUGUUCUUCAGUGACCUGGCUUACACUGACAUCUAUGUUGAUGGUGAAAUAAAUGGUGUACAGAACCUUAGUCUUGGACAGGGGGUCAACUUUGUCAUUGGGGAAAAUGGAUACAGUGCUGGUCAGAACAAGUUAACUUUCGCCUUUGACAAUGUUCAGAUCUACACGGAUGGUAAAAUGUCCUCGUCUUACGUAGAUGAGUUUACGCCCUCACUGGUUAUACAGAUAUCCAAUGAAUUAAGAUUACAUGCUGGUGCCACUAUUGAGGCUCCCUGGGUGAAAGUUGACGCUACUGGAGGUUUAAUUCAGAUUGAUGCUGCCAGUUUGAUCAAUGCAAGUUCUCAGGCUCCAAAUUCGUUAGCACAGAAUGGUGUUGACACAGAUGCUGGAGGUGGUUCUGGCGGUGGUAAUGGCGCUGCUGGAGGUCAAGCUUCAUUCCAAGACUAUGUAGGACCGCCCCCAGACUACGGGUCUAUCUAUGAACCAAAGGAAUUUGGUGGAAAUGGAGGAACAGGAGGCGGGUCUACAUCAGAUCUCAGAUGUACCUUCUCUACCACUCAAGGCGGAGGCAAAGGAGGUGGAGUAAUUGAGCUUAUGGCUGAUGCACUACACUUGGAUGGAGAGUUAAUGGUUACAGGUGGUGACAGUGCUGGCCCUAGAGCCGGUGGUGGAGCCGGAGGCAGCGUCUAUGUCCAGGUUAACACACUAUCAGGAGAUGGUACAAUAUCUGCCCAGGGUGGUUCUCUCGGGGACGACCUUGGUAUAUGGACUACAACCACAACAACAACAACGACCACCACAACAACAACCACUGCACCAGCUGUGACUUCAUCUUCUACCACAGCUUCUCCAUCAAACUCUUCAUCAAACUCUUCAGGUUGGAGUGGAGUGUCUGACCCUAACUGUCAGGGUGGCGGUGGUGCUGGUGGACGAGUAGCACUACACUUCAAUGAAGACACAUUCUCUGGUCGCAUCACUGCAUACGGUGGCUCUGGUCAUGAAUGUGGUGGUGCAGGUACUGUGUUGAGACACGAUACUGACAACAGCACAAACAAACUGACCGUGGAUAAUGAGAAUGUGUGCACACCUCUCAACUCACGUGUAGAGUGGACUCAGCUGACAACCGCACACAGAGGACAGCUCAGUUUCUACACCUGGCUCUUUGAUGAUACAACUUCUCAUCAACACACAUUUGAGGAGGUGCAUCUCAGUGGACAGGCUCAGUUAGCUUUGUACAGAGUAAAUGGUCAAACAUUUACACAGUCUAUAACAGUGAACAAAACUGUUGGUGACAAGUCCGGCAUGUGGCAUGUUGGGCCAUAUCAAGAGUUUGCAGCCAGUUUACCAGAUGACAGCCCGGAACUUCAGUUUGGAAUGUUUGUGUACGAGAAUGGUGUGAUGGAAGCAGAACAGAUUCUUACUGUCACAGGUAUCACCAUAGAGAAUGAGGGAUCCCUCAAAGGUGUUGAAAACCUCGUCAUUGGGCCUAAUGGCAAAAUUAUCCUCAGACCUGACAGCAGUGGCGGUGUACCAGUGAUUACAUUCACCUCUGUCACUGUACAGGGAGGAGGAACUCUUGUUAUUGAGACCGAGGGCAACGGUAUGAAACUUGUUGGUACAGAUUUCACAAUACAGAGUGGUGGUACCGUAGAGGCAGAUAAUCUCCAUGUAGAGGCCAACACCCUGACUGUAGAAGACUCCGCUUAUAUCAAGGCCGAUAAACUGGCUGUGCACACUGAUGGUGGUCCUGGAAAAGGAGUAGAUGGCCGAGGAGCUGGACACGGUGGCCAGGGUGGUAAAGCUACAAAUACUGGCUCAGGAACGUAUGGUGGUGGCCUGUACUAUGGUGAUAUUGUUACACCAGCAUCAGCAGGCAGUAAUGGAAUCUUUAAAGACUUCACUAAUGAUGAAGAAGUUAUUGGUGGUGGAAUUCUGAAGUUUGACAUUGCUUCUACAGCCAACAUUGAUGGUAUAAUAAGCAGCAAUGGUGAAGAUGGUACAAGUCUUGCCGGUGGUGCCAGUGGUGGUAGUAUCAUACUUAAUACCGUCACCUUCAAUGGAAAAGGAAAAGUCACAGCAAAUGGUGGUCAAGGCUCAUCUACUACAGGAGGUGGAGCAGGAGGCAGAGUGUCUAUCACAUACACUGAUACAGAGUUUACAGGAUCAUACAUAGCGUAUGGUGGCCGUUCCACUCACAGCACUGGCGGUGCUGGAACAGUACUGGUUGAUGCUAAUGGCAAAACAAAACUCUACAUUGAUAACAAGGAACCCUCUACUGUAGAUGAUUCCAUACAAACCUAUGACAUAUCUGGUGUGGAGGACUAUGACAGUGGUCGUACUUGGAUUGUCUUCCCUGCCUCAGGUUCCCUCACUGUAGAUCAGGUCUACCUUUACAAUGGAGCCCAUGUUGCCCUGGAACCAGCUGUAAAUCCUGCAACUGCCUUACACAGCUUUACAACUGAAGGUUUCUAUGGCGACGGAUUUGUCAAUGAUGCUUCUAAGCUGGGAACCAUUCAUGUUGGUCCCAGUCAGACCUUCACUGUCAGGGCUAUAGACCUUUAUUUCCCAGCACAUGCUGUAGUAUAUGAGAAUGGUUUACUGGAAAUGCCAUCCAAGGUGAAAUGGUUCAACUCAGACAGUAAGAUCUACGGAACAAUCGGCGGAGUUACAGAACUUACACUUGUUCAGUCCACACUAGAUCUGAAAAAGACCAGCAAGACCCAGGGUAGCACCGUUGAAGGCAAGUACACUAUCUCCACAAUAAAUGUCAUGGCUGGAGGUGUUCUGAACAUGACGGAGGAUAUCAAAUAUCAGCUCAUACUCAGUGACCUCUACAUAGCGCCCUCUGGUGUCAUAGAGGGUGCUGAUCUACUGGUGCAGACAACAGAUGCCAUCAUUGAAGAAGGUGGUGUCAUAAAUCUGAGUGAAAGAGGAGGAGAUCUCAAAACUGGAUCAGGUUACUUGCCAAACUACGGUUCAGGCCACAGUGGAGAAGGUGGUGGUUACUACAACUCAAGUGCUCAGGCCUACCAGCGUGGUCUUGCCUAUGAUGACUUUAAAGAACCAGUUGAAGCUGGUUCCGGUUCAGACACAGCGGCUGGUGGUGGUGUGCUGAAAUUAGAAGCCUCUGGUACUGUCGAGAUACAGGGAGAGAUCAAUGCUGAUGGCGGUAGUGCUACUUCACAUGGCGGUGCUUCUGGAGGCAGCAUCUGGGUCACCUGUUCCACAUCUAAAAUAGGAGGUCUCAUUCACACUAAUGGUGGAUCAGCAACGAGUUCUGGUGGUGGUGGUGGUGGUUUUAUUGCCAUCUACUUUGACAACGGCUAUGUUGAUGAUCGCUACAUCACUUCGUAUGGUGGUAACACACUGAAUGGGGAAGUUGGAGCUGCUGGAGUUAUCUACCUGCAGGAAAACGGUAACAGAAAGGUAUUGAUUAAGAGCGAUGAAGCAUCAGAUGCUUUGUCCACAAUGUCUGUUCUGCCAACUGCUGCCAGUACCCAGAUUGACACUGUUGAGAUAAUUGGACCCGCAACUGUUGGUUUCCUGACUAGGUCAACCACACCAGCCCUCAAUGCUCAGGUUGGAAAAAUUAUCGGCAACGCUGAUUCUCUGAUAAGGAUAGACCAGUAUGUUGAUUUGUAUUGGGGGACACGUGUCGGUAUUGUUGAUACACUCAGAAUUAACACAAAUGUUCAUGUCCAGCACAAUGGAAAAAUAGAUUUACCAAAGACUGUUAUAAUAGACAAAGGUUGGGCACUUGAUGUUUGUGGAAUAGUGUCUUCCAAUACUAAUGAGAUGACUGUAAGAGAAGAUGGUGCACUAAAAAUAUCUCAUCCCGCCACAGAUCUGCAGAUUAAUACACUCGUAAUUGAUUACCAGGGCAGACUUGAAGGCUCAGACUACUGUGAUACCACUUUAAAUAAGGUCACGCUCAAACUGACUUACUUCAACACAACUUCAAGUUUCAGUCUUGACACUAGUCGGUUCUCUCUCAGUGCUUCGAAAACUGGUACAGUGUCUGCAACUGGUGCUGCUCUUUCUCAAGCAGCAUGUCCUUCAACGGCCAACCUCAUACUGAACAGAACACAGUCAUGCACUAUGCCAACGGGAACAAACACAUACACCUCCAUAACUGUCAAUCCAGGAGCAGAAUUAAAGAUCAAUGGAAGCAAAACAGGUGCAGCUACAACCACAAUCAAUGCUAACAACAUUGAUAUCAAAUUUGGAGGUUUGAUCACUGGUGUUGGUACAGGAUAUAAAUCUAGUGGAGCUGGUGCUGCUGCGUCAUCGAGCCAAGGAGCUACACACGGUGGUCGAGGAGUUAGUAAUACCAAGGCUACUUACGGCAGUAUUCAGAGUCCUAUGACAUACGGUAGUAACGGAAAUGGUGCAACAGACUCUUCAGGACGAGGCGGUGGACAGCUAAAGUUAGUCGUUACACAGACCUUAACUGUGGAAGGAACAAUUGAUAUGAGUGCUGAUUCUGGAAAUGGUGGCAGUGGCGGAUCUAUUUUUGUCACAGCUAGAACAAUUGAAGGAGAUGGUUAUAUGAAAGUUGAGGGUAGUUCUGGUGGUGGUGGCGGAAGAAUUGCAGCAAUUGCUUCAGCCACUUACUCAUAUACUGGCACUCUUUCUGCACUUGGUGGGGAAAAUGGUGGAGGAAACAAGGGGUCUCCAGGCACAGUGUAUGUACAGUAUCCAGGAACCAGCAAAACUAUUAUCUCUGGAAGUAGUACAGAAACAUACCCUCUGACCUCAAACAUUGGUACAUUGAGCAUUGAGGAUGGUGCAACAGUUACUGUAGAAAGCAGUGUAACAGUCGGAGAACUACUUGAUGAUUCUCCAGAUUCAACAUGUAAACUUACUGUCCUAGGUGGAAAUACUCUCACUGCAACUUCUAUGGGUGACCAACACAGAGGUUUUGCCUGUGAAGUACUAGUGGAAGAUACCGGAUCUCUGACUGUAUCUGGUGAUCUACUGGUUUCUGGUGAUCAGCCGGUGCUAGAUGUUCUUGGAACACUCACAGCCAGUGGUCUCACCAUCGAUAAUCAUGGAAAAUUCACUGUAGCUUCUACUGGACAGGUUAUCACAAGUGCACUGAAACUGUCAGCAUGGUCAGAGACAACAGUUGCCCUUACUGCUGUGUUUGGAAGCAGUUCUAGCAAAGUGGCUGUUGAUGAUUUUGAAAUGGGAUAUGAAGCGAAUAUCUCCUUUGCUCACAGUGAACUGAAUAUCGAAACGACAUCAUUCAAGAUGGAUUCCCUGUCUAAGUUACUUCUGGAGGGAAAUAAGAAAAAAAUCAGUAUCAGUACGACAGACUUCACACUUCAAGAUGGGGCUGUGAUUAGUGUUUCAGAGGGAGGUGAUCUAGGUUCUGGGUCAGGAUCUUCCUCUGGCACUGAAGGGGCUAGCUAUGGUGGUGAGGGAGGAGAUAGUUCUGGAACAACAUACGGAUCAUCUGUAGCACCUGUAGACUAUGGAAGUGGAUCAUCAGCUGUAAGAGGAGGUGGUAUUAUAAACCUAAUUGUCAGUGCUACAGCUGAAAUUGAUGGUUCAUUGCUGUCCAAUGGAGGUAACUCUACAACCACAGGAGGCUCAAGUGGAGGAACCAUUUAUGUUGAGGCUGCUACCCUUCAAGGCCAUGGUAAACUUUCAGUGAAUGGAGGUGAGAGCUCUGUAGGUGGAGGUGGAGGUGGUGGAAGAAUUGCUCUCAAAGCUCCUCUUCAGUCUGACUUCCUUGGAGACGUAACUGCUUAUGGUAGUUCAGGCUCCACAAAGCAUGGAGCUGCAGGAACUAUUUAUAGAGAGUACGAACAGUCUGGAGGAUCACAGAUAAAGAAAAUCACUGUUGAUAACCAGGAUCAGGUGACUAACUCCUUUUCUCACAUCAAUGGUGUUGUAACUCUUACCGAACUGGAGAUCAAGGGUUACGGACAAGUGCAGUUUGAUGGUACAUCUUCAUUUGAAAUUGGAACAGUCACUGGUGACUACACAGGAACUUUGACUGUUUUAGAAAAUCAGGUGUAUGAAAUUGCUAUUUCCUACGGUACACUUACUCCCUAUGCUUUGAUGUGUAAAUUGAAUAUUAAGGAAAAUGGUGAAGCCACCAUACCUGCCAAAAUACUUCUAACAGAUGAUGAUGCAACUGGAUUAGACUGGUACAAUCUUGAGAUCUAUGGAACUGUUCUAGGUGUAAGAGAAAUGACGGUUUCCUCUGGUGGUCAAGUACUUAUUCAUUCACAAAGCAGGUCAGGACUCUCCUCAACCAAUUUGAAGCCAGUGGGGACAUUGUCACUGAGUAAGAUUGAUGUCACCACAGAUGGUCUGCUUGAACUGAGUGUAGAUAGCAUGGAUCCAUACACACUGGAAAUGAUUAAAGAAUUUAAUGUUAAAUACGGAGGAACUGUAACUGGACGAAAUCUUUUCAUUGAAUCUCCGGCAGCAGAAAUUGCUUAUGGAGGAGUUCUUAAUGUAGAUGGUGGAAAUCUGAAUCCAGGACAGAGCGUUGGUGAUACUGGUACAACUGGUGCUGGUGGUAGCCACGGCGGUUCUGGUGGAGCUUCCGCUGAUGAUGUCAAACCUUCCGCAAAUUACACUGGAUUAAUUAACACAGCUACAGAAUUUGGUUCUGCUGGUGGUAAUGGAUCAACCGACACUGGUUUAAGAGGAGGUGGUUAUCUUAAGCUCACCAUUGCUAACACACUAACACUUCAUGGUCUGAUCAGUGCUGACGGUAAUGGAAAUGAUACAAUUGAUGGUGGUGGUGGCAGUGGUGGUGCUGUCUACAUACUUGUCUCUGGAGAUAUGGAUGGUUCCGGCAGAGUCUCUGUUAAAGGUGGAAGUUCUAGUUCCGGUGGAGGUGGUGGUGGUGGAAGAAUCCAUAUACAGGUUGAUGGAAGUUUUGACUAUCUUGGAGAUUACAAACUCUGUGGUGGAUCUUCUGCCACUGGGCAAGCUGGUGGAUCGGGAACUGCUUUUGCUACUUUCCAGCAAACUGGAACACCAGGAUAUGUAAAUUACGGUUAUCUAGACAACUCUUGUGCAACUGGUGCAUCAGAUGGUAUUACAGUCAUUGAUUUACCUGGAGUUACCGUAUAUGAGUUAGCCAACUUGGAUAUUGGUGAUAGCACUAUGGUAUGGCUGAAUACAGCCAGUCUUCACUUCAAAGCGAAGACAUUAACCUGCGGUUCUGGCAGUACAAUUCGUGUAGACAAUGAUGUUGUAUUCAGCGCUGACGUGGAUCUCUCAUACAGUGCAAUAACAUGUAGUUUUGAUCUGAAACAAGAUGGAGAACUUAGACUACCUAACUCUGUAGAAUUAAAGGGAGAAUCAAGUACUCUAGAAGGAAUCUUGUCCAAUAUUCAAAAUCUGAUUAUAUCUUCCUACCAGAAGGUGACAUUGUCAGCCAAGGCUCGCACCGGUGUAUGCUGUGACAGCAGCGGCAAACACACCUCCCUUUCCAAUAAAGGAGAGUACAGUUUCUCAAAAUUAACCUUAGAAAGCUAUGCUGAAGUUAUCUUUGAGAAGGACCCUGUCACUCUUAAAGGAAUCCAGUUUGCCAUUUUGGAAUUGCAUUAUGGGUCAAUUCUUUUUGGUGAAAGCCUAGACAUUACUGCCAAUGAAAUAACAUUGCACCCUGGUUCCACUCUCAAGUUGGAGGGAGGAGGCUUUGGUCCUGAACUGGGUCCAGGUGCUGGCUCCUAUGUGAGCGGUUGUGGAACUGGCGCAGGUCAUGGUGCUCCUGGAGGAGCUAAUUCUACUGGUACCUCUGGAGGUGUUGUCUAUGACAACACUAGACUUCCAACACAAGCUGGUAGCGGUGGUGGUAAUUCAGCUAAUGGAACUGGUGGUGCCGGUGGCGGAUACCUGAAACUGUAUCUGUAUGGUACACUAACAGUUGAUGGCACAAUACAAGUAGAUGGCGAGAGUGGUAAUGGCACAAAUGCUGGAGGUGGUAGCGGUGGUACCAUUGACAUUACCACACCCACACUGGAGGGAAAUGGUGAGAUCCGCAGUAAUGGCGGUAAUGGAGACGACUACGGUGGAGCUGGAGCUGGUGGUAGAAUGGUCAUUACAAUAACUGAUACAAAUGACUUCACUGGUACUAUGAAAGCCUAUGGAGGCAGCAAUGCCCAUGACCUAAUGACAGUGAAGGCUGGCCCAGGGACAAUCUUCCUACUAGAGGGAAAGUCACCUAAGGAAGAGUACUCACUUGUGAUUGUUGGGAAUGCUGACAGUCCAAUACAGGAACAGACCUACACUUACAUCAGCGGCAACAGUGGAGAGUUUGAAUAUAAUCUACUUACAUUAGCAGGUUAUGCCAACACAGAGUUUGGUGAUGCUGACACAGAACUGAGACUUGCCGACAUUGCUGGUGACACUACUGGAACAUUACAUCUGACUGACCAACAGGUGGUUAGGGCUUCUGUCAUUGAGGGUGUGGUCGGCAGUUUUGUUACCACUGUUAAUUUCAACAUUGGUGAACAGGCAACACUACACGUUCCAGAGACAUUAACUGUUGCUGGGGUUACUCUUGACAUCAAGGGCACUUGUACCUUUAAUGCACUGAUUGUCGAAAAUGGUGGUACCAUCAAGGGGCAUAAUACAACAUUUACCUCCAGUUAUGCCAAUGGUAUAUACACUGCAACAAGUGCAGCAGGUAGUUAUGCGCUGAGCUCUAUAAAGUUGAAAGCAGGCUCCCAGUUUAUUUUGCCAUCAGGAGGUUUCAUUAUGACUAUUGGUACGCUUGAGAUGAAACGAUUUGUUGUCCUAGAAGCUGAUUAUGUUGAACUUGUUGCCAUUAAUCUCAUUCUUGAACGUGAAGCUGCUCUUAGCACCAAUGGUAGAGCAGGACUAGAUAAUCCACUUGUACCAAGUGGUGCACAUGGAACUGGGAAGAAUGGUGGUGCUCACACUGCCGCUGGCGGUGUAGGUGGAAACUAUACAGUUGAUGAUGCAUCAGAGCCAUAUGGUACUAUUUAUACACCACUUACCCCUGGAGCUACAGGUGGUCAGGGAGGCCAAGGUGGUGGUUUCAUAAAAGUCACAACAGACGAACUUGUUCUAGAUGGAAUUCUACGAUCAAAUGGUGCUGAUUCUGCUUCGGGUGGAGGUGGUGCUGGUGGCAGUAUUUAUGUUGUGUGCAGUUUUGCACUGAAAGGACUUGGAACAAUGGAAACCAAAGGUGGUUCAACAACAGACAUAGAUGGCGGAGCUGGAAGUGGAGGCCAUAUUGCAGUUGACAUGAAAACGGAUGAAUAUCAGGGCACAUAUAGUGCUUACGGAGGCACGUCUCCUGCUGUACAUGGGAACGGUGGACCGGGCUCAGUUUAUCUCAUUUCUGACACUAAUGGUGAAAAACUUAUCUGUGACAACAAAAAUGGUCAAACAGAUUAUUACACGACAUUGAAUGAAACCAAUUUGAUUCUUAAUUUUGAUGUUGUGGAUAUUUACAACUAUGCCAAACUUCAAUUGAUCAAAGAUGGACAACCUAGAGAGCUGAAUAUACUGAAGGUGAAUGGUGACAGUACCGGACUGGUGAGGAUUCAGACAAACCAGAAAGGCACACUUGAAAGAUCAGUCACCAACACACAGGCUAACUCUAAACUGAGAGUAAACAUUGAACUUCAUGAUGGCGGAGAGUUUAUAAUGUCAGAAACAGUUACAAUUCUUGGACUUGGCUCUGUUGCCUUUGACUUGGAUGGAGUUUUAAGAGGAGUGUCUAAUCUUUACCUUGGCCCAAAUAGGAGGAUGAGAAUGGGGUCGAAUGCAAAAAUUGUGACCUUCUCAGCUACAAAUUUAGCUGCUAUCACAUAUGUCACAUUUGGAACAUUCCAACUUGAGCCUGGUAGCAUUGUUGAAUAUGAUGCAGAUACUGGAGCCAACAUUCAAGCAGGAAGUAUAAAUCUUAAGUUUGCUGCAACAAUAUAUGCUGAUUACUUCGAUGUCAUCUCGUCCAAUAUUGAUUUAGAACUGGAGAGUGUAUUCAGCUGUUCAAGUGCAAACAGACCAGAUUCUGACACCAUGGAUGUGACAGCUGGUUCAGGUAUUGCUGGCAAUGGAUACAACGGAGGAGCGGGUCAUGGCGGUGUCGGUGGCGGCGGAAAAGAUAAUUCUGACAUCACGGUUACAGGUGGCUCAUACAACUCUCUUUAUGAACCAACAACAGCAGGAAGCAGAGGCACAUAUAACACUACCACUGGAAUGAAAUCUGGUGGUCGUGGUGGUGGCUGGAUCCACCUUCAGAUUGGAAAUGAGCUUAUCAAUGAUGGUACUAUUUCUGCUGAUGGUGAAGACACCCCUGCCGGUGGUACAGGUGGCGGAGGCAGUGGCGGAAGUAUCUGGAUUGAAGUUUAUGAGUUUGAAGGCUAUGGAUAUAUAUCGUCAGUGGGUGGCACUGGAAUAUUACAGAAUGGUGCAGGCUCAGCUGGACGUGUUGCUGUGCACUGUACAUUACAGAUUGAGUUUGAGGGUUCAUAUGUUGUGUAUGGAGGUGCUGGUGCUGAUGAUACUCAGAGUGCUGGAGGUGGUACUGUGUAUCUGAAAGACACAAGAUCAGCAAAAUUCUACAAACGUCUUCUCCUAGACAACAAGGGUCGGCCACAUGACAAAUAUGCCACUAUUGAUGAAAGCUUUACAGAUCAUUAUUUUGAUGAAGUCCAUCUUGUAAGUCAGGCCUCUGUUCACCUUGCAGAUGACAGUAGGAAUACAGUCCUAGAAAUAGACAAUGUCUAUGGUGAUGGUACCGGGUUGAUCCAUUUACACAAGAACCAAGUUCUCAAGGUUGAAUAUAAACCGUCAGUUAGAAAUGCUCUUAUUACUGGAGUUAACUUCAUCACGGAUGCUGAUUCUGAAGUAUAUUUCCCAUCCAUUGUGUAUGUGUAUGGUUUAGGUGUUUUCCUAGAUGGCCAGACAGAGUCGCGUUCUAUGGCAAUAUUUGGCCGCCUUACAGGUAUUGCAGAUCUGGUUCUCGGCUUUGAAACUCUGCUCUAUUUUGGCGAUCAUGCACACACAGCUUCUAUAGAUGCAACAACACAGACAUAUGGCACAAUAGAUCCGGAUGGAACUGUAACUUUCGGAACAGUGGAUUUAAGAAGUUACUCGGAGAUUAAAUACGCUCCAGAUCAGACUGUGUUACAGAAAAUUGCCCAGAUUGAUGCAAGGUUCCAGUCUGUAAUCUCAGCAGAGAGUAUCACAAUCCAGACUGGAAUUUUGAAUAUUGAAGCUGGAGCUACAUUGAGUGCCUCUGCUAUUUACCGACCACAUGAUAGCUUGGAUGAGGCUCUGGGACAGGGUCUAUCAGCCACAGGAAACUCAUCUGUAGGAACUGGUGGUGGUUACGCUACUAAUGGCGGAGGAAACUAUGACUCAAGCAAUGCCCUAUUGCUGGCUGGAGGACCGUACUAUGGAAGCCUUUAUGUGCCAACACACAGAGGCAGUGGAGGUGGAAAUGGAUCAACUACUGAUGGUGGAAGAGGUGGUGGUUAUAUUAAUCUCCAGGUUGCGACAGAUUUGUUGGUAGAUGGUACUUUAUCAGUAGAUGGAUCCCCUGGUGGAGCUGACGCUGGAGGCGGUAGUGGUGGAACCAUUUAUAUUGAGUCAUACAACCUAGAAGGACAUGGUGUGUUACAGUCGCUAGGUGGAGAUGGAUACAAUGGGGGUGCUGGAGGCAGAAUAGCAGUAUACCUAGACACUGAAAACUACUUCCACGGAACUUAUGAGUCACUCGGUGGCGAUGGACAAGGCCACUAUCUUACUGAGGGUGGACCUGGAUCAGUCUACAUAAGAGAUGUCAGGAGUUCGCGUAAUUACGAGCAGUUUCAUAUUGACAACAAAGAGAGGUCAUGGGACCACCAAUAUGUACUAGAUGAAAUUGAAAAUGGCUCUCCUAAGGCAGAGUUUUACUUUGAUGAGAUCUAUCUGACCAGGAAUGCAUCACUUCAGAUGAAGACAGGGGAUGGUGUUUCUAGAAGUGUUGAGUGUAGCAAGAUCUACGGAGAUGCUUCUGGUAGAGUUUACCUUCAGGCAAACCAGACUGGUUAUCUGGAAGAGUACCAGUCUUUGACCAAACUUCCAAUCAACUUAUGGAUUGAUGACGCUUCAAGGGCCUACCUGUCUCCUCUGAUCUAUAUUCUUGGUCUCGGUGAAAUUGCUCUAAAAUGGAACGGAGAAAUGAUUGGUGUUCGUCACAUCAGGAUCGUUCCUGGUAGAGUAAUAAAUAUAAAGAAGGAAGCUAUGACAAGCUACGUGGAAGAUGGCAUUCUUAUUGAAGGUACACCAGGAGCUUUCCAGUUUGCAACAAUGGAGCUUGGAGCUAAAGCUAUAAUGGAGCUACCACCACCAAUGCCUCUAGUCCUAACUGUAGGAAUACUGGACAUCAAAUAUGAUUCAAGAUUUAGAGCAGAUUCCAUGGAAGUAUUAGCCACAGACUUCUACUUUGAACCCCUUGCACAGUUUAUCUGUGUGGGUACUGGGCGUGAUCCUCAACCAGGAGAUUCUCCAACUGCAGGAGCUGGUGGUGGUCAUGCAUCAAUGGGCGGAGGAGCUGGUGGAGAUCCUACUGUUGGUGGUACGGCCUAUGGCUCUGUCUACAAACCACAAGAGACGGGAAGUGCAGGCGGUGACACUUAUGGUGGUCUUGGUGGCGGCAAGUUAAAGAUCCGAGUCCCAGCAGAGUUCUUGCUGGAUGGUUUCAUCCUGGCUGAUGGUGAUGAUGGAGGCUUGAACAGUGGUGGUGGCAGUGGGGGGUCAGUGUAUAUAGAAACAGGUCAGAUGUCGGGUCAUGGUACUAUAUCUGCUAUUGGAGGUCAAGGUCACCAGUCAGCUGGAGGUGGUGCAGGUGGUAGAAUUGCCAUUCAUACCUGGGACUCUAAUUACUACAAGGGUGCUCUCCUUGCCUAUGGCUCUGGUGGAACCACUGAUGGGGAUCUUGGUGGACCUGGUACAGUGUUUAUUGAAGACAAGAUUGCAGCUUUUACUUAUCAAAGCAGACUGUACCUGGAUGGUAGAAACCUUGUGGUACCUAAACCAGUAGUGAUUGAUGAACGCAAUCCUCGACAUGUGACAAAUGCUGCAAGCGGCCUUUACAAUACUAACAGCGGUGAUCUGGACUUUGAACAUGUCAUGCUCAAUCAAAACGCCAUGCUUGAGAUCGGACCUGGAAACUCGAGUAUAAGUUCAAUAAAUCUGGAUUAUGUGAUGGGAGAUAUGACUGGCUACGUUCAUAUGAAGUCUGGGCAAACGGUGUUUGUAGAGUACUCAGAGUAUUCCGUACUACGCUCCGCCCCACCCACCAACUUCCACAUUGACGCUGGAUCACAGAUCUGGCUCUCUGCCGAUUACAAGAUCAUUGGUUUGCAGACUCCAGCAGUACAGUUGGAUGGUCAGCUAAUUGGAGUAAUGAACCUCACUUUAGAGGAGGGGAGAGAAGUGUUUAUCUCAGAAACAGCUACCAACAGCAGGAUUGUUAACAGCGUGAUACAGACAUAUCCUGCUGGAACCCUUGGUAUUGGUCGACUGGCCAUGCAGGCAGAAUCUGUGAUAGACCAUGAUAAACAUUUCAACUUCGAGGCCUCAGAUAUACAUAUGAGAUAUAACUCUAAAAUCACAGCCAACAGGAUUACUGUGAUCAGUGGAGAUAUCCACCUGGAAGGAGAAGCUUCUUUUGAUGUCACAGGUCGUGGUGGUAUUGGAGAUGAACCUGAAGGUCUAGGUAGUACAGUUACCGUGGAUACAGGAUCUGCUAACAUCACUGUUGGUACUGGAGGUGGACAUGGCGGUUAUGGUGGAGCUGCUGAUAAAGACAACUAUAACUCUGGUAGUCCAUAUGGCUCAUACAUUACGCCUCAUCACACCGGAAGUAAAGGUGGUGGGUCUGAUCCUGGCAUGGGUGGUGGAAGGAUCGACGUAGAAGUAUCGCGUAGUCUUCACCUUGAUGGUAACCUUGAAACACUUGGUGGAAGCGCAAACGGUACAGACAGUGGUGGUGGCAGUGCUGGCAGUGUUUACAUUAAUACUCAGAACUUUUCUGGACAUGGUCUUAUUGAAGCAACUGGAGGUGAUGGUUUUGGUUAUGGUUAUGGUGGAGCUGGUGGAAGAAUUGCGAUACAUGUACAGUGGUUCAAGGAAUACACUGGUGACACAAAAGCUUACGGUGGAUAUGCAGGAUCUAAUGUGCCAACUUCUGAUGAUACCAAAAAUGGUGCUGGUGGUACUAUUUAUACCACAGACUCCAAUUCCAUUGGUCUAGACAAGAAGGUAGUUAUCAUAGUCAAUGGUACGAAAACAUAUGUAGAUGGGUAUACCAAGCUUCUUCUUGACAAUGAUGAUAGAAAUCAUGUGCUGGGUACCAUGGUAAUGAAUGACAAUGGAACAACUCCUUAUUCCUUUGAAUUUGAUGAAGUUGAGGCAAACAAUCAUGCAGUUUUGUGGAUUGAAGGAUCAGACUCUGAACUCACGGUCCACAAGUUUGAUGGGGAUAGGACUGGUAUGAUGCACUUAACAGGCUCGCAGAAAGUCUAUGCAGAGUAUGUGGAGUCAACAAGUGGCUAUACAGUAGCUCCUGUGAGUUAUAAAAUUGAUGAUGGUGCAGAGAUUAUUCUUCCAUCUACAACAAUAAUUCUUGGAACUAGGUCAGACAUGAGUGGACUUUUAACAAUGGUACAGAAUUUGACAAUAGCAGAGGGUGCCAAUUGUGUUUUUACCUCGACCGCCCAAACUGCCCUUAUUGAAGCUGGAAACUAUGUUCAUCUUACCCAACCAGGUAACAUAACUCUGAGUCACCUGACUAUACAAAGAGGCUCAGAAGCAACAUUUACAGAGAAACCUGGUUCAGAUCUUGUAUUAGAUCUUACAAAGUUGAGUAUAAAAUAUGAAGGUCUAAUGUGGAUGAACAAGGGAUCCAUAUUUUCAGGAAAUGCAGUUGUUGAAAGUCUUGGUAUAUUAAACAUUGACUAUAUGGGUCACGAUGCACAAACUGGACCUGGAGCAGGGUCUACAAAUGGCACCUAUGGAUAUGGUGGGGCUCAUGGUGGUCACGGUGGCGCGCCUGAACCAAAUGUUGGUGGAACCCCUCAUGAUUCAGUCUACAAACCAGUACAUCCCGGUAGUGGUGGAGGAAACGGCGAUGGUGUUGGUGGUAGAGGUGGCGGUUAUCUCCAGUGGAAAGUCGGAGAGACUCUUUGGAUUGAUGGAGAAGUUACUCUUGAAGGAGAAGCUGGUCAGCGUGGAAAUUCUGGUGGCGGCAGUGGUGGUGGUUUGUUUAUAGAAACUAUGAAUUUCACAGGAUUUGGUCACAUUGAUUGCCAUGGUGGUGCAGGAAGUGGUAAUGGUGGUGGUGGUUCUGGAGGCAGAAUUGCUGUACACAUCAACUUUUCAAAUCGUUACAUUGGUCGAUUGAAUGUCAUUGGGGGGCUUGGAACUGGAAGCACACCAUCAGGAGCUGCUGGAACUGUGUAUCUCCAGGAAAAUGCCAGAGGACCACAGUAUGCAGAGAUAAAGUAUGAUAAUACAACUGGUCAAAAUGUCACGAUAGCGCAACACAGAAGAAUUGAAAUAAACAAUGAUGAUAUUGAUAGUCAUUUGUAUGUUGGUCACAAAGAACCAUGGCUUUAUACAAUGUUAUUUGAAGAAGCAGAUACAGAAUAUGAAUUUGAUGAGGCAAUGUUGGAGGGUCACUCUAACCUACUAAUUGAAUAUCCGACUGGCACUUUAGGUGGGUCAGGAUGGGCAGUUGAAGUAAAGAUUCAUCUUUUCCAUGGUGAUAUGACUGGAGUAGUCAGGGUAAGGGAUAGACAGAGACUGUAUGUGGAAGUUGUUGAAUCUAUUUCUAAUGAGACCAUUGCUCCCUGUAGCUUUAGAAUUGAUGAUGGAGCAGAAGUUUUCAUGCCCACUACCACCAACCUUCUAGGUGCAAGAACUGUUAUGGCUGGAAUAAUUACUGGUGUUGAGGAGAUGAUGGUUCGUGGAGGCUCAAGCAUAUUUAUGUCCACAGCUAAAACAGCUCUGAUGGAAAACAGGCAGUACACCAUUAUGACCACACCAGGAAACUUCUCAUUUGCAAUUCUCCGCAUUAUGGCAGGUGCUCAAGCAGAGUUCAGAGAUAUAACUGGAGAAUGCAUAAUAACUGUUGCAGAAAUGUAUGUUAAAUAUCAGGCUCUUCUCCUUAUGAACUUUGUACAGAUUGAUUCAGGUUAUGCCCAUAUUGAAAGCCAGGGUGAACUUAACAUGGAUGGUGUUGGUUAUGGGCCAGAAGAUGGCCCGGGUGCUGGUUUUACUAUCAAUGGAACAACAGGGGUAGGAGCUGGUCAUGGGGGUUAUGGUGGAGGCCCAGGUCCAAAUUAUGGAGGCAUUCCUUAUAACUCUAUAUAUGAGCCGCUGGAAGCGGGAAGUGGUGGUGGUAAUGGCGGUGGUGUUGGAGGAAGUGGUGGAGGAUAUUUAGAAUGGAAUGUUGGUGACCUAAUUGAAAUAAACGGAUUUCUGACACUUGCUGGAACUGAUGGUGCUGGUGGCAAUGCAGGCGGUGGCAGUGGAGGAAGUAUUCUAAUGUACACUACAAAUAUCACUGGGCACGGAAUCAUGGCUGUCAAUGGUGGCAAUGGUAUUGGUACUGGUGGUGGUGGCUCUGGUGGAAGAGUCUCAGUCAACUGUAGAUUCAGGUAUUCCUACGGUGGAGAAUAUCACAACUAUGGUGGAGAUGGAACAGUUGCUAAUAUUGGCAUGCAUGCUGGUGCCUCAGGUACUACUUUCAAAGAAGAAAAUCUGAGACCAAUUGAAUACAGACUGACGAAAUAUGAUCCAGUCCACAAUAUAACGUUCCUUGAUGUUGACCAUCACAUGAUUCACUCUGAUAAUAGACUGAAAUACAGUCCUGCACCUACUUUGAUUCAGGAUCCUCCAAGAGAACUGUAUGAAUUUGAUGAAAUGGAAAUAACAGGUUCAACAUACACAUGGAUAUAUCAUCCAGCUGGUGUUAAUCUUGUUCAGCUGAUUGCUCACAAGUUUAUCGGGGAUAAAACUGGACAGCUCCAUAUUAGAGAAAAACAGAGAGUCUGGGUGGAAUAUAUUGAAUCUGUAUCCAACAAAACUGAAGCUCCUGUGAGUUACAUUAUUGAUGAUGGGGCUGAAGUUAUUUUCCCAUCUGAAGUACACAUUCAUGGAACAAAUAGCACAUUUGCAGGCUUAAUGACUGGUGUUCACAACUUGUAUAUCGAAGAUAAAGCCUGGGCUGAAUUUAAAAGCACAGGUAAUACGUCUUUGCUUGAGAAUGGCCAGUAUUUCAGGGAAACAAUUCCAGGUCACUUUAUUUGGGAUCAGCUUCAUAUGAAGAAAGGCGGUACUGCUGGAUUCCUUGAUGUUACAAAUGAGCUUCUAGUCGAGACAAGUGAAAUCAAAGUGAAAUAUCAAGGUAACUUAUACAUGAACAAAGCGAAGAUUAACAGUACCUACUCUUGGAUUGAAAGUGAAGGUAUCUUCCAUCUAAAUGGACAUGGUUAUGAAGCAGAAACUGGACCAGGUGCAGGACAUACUAACAGUAGUGGAGUUGGUUAUGGUGCUGGCCACGGAGGAUUUGGUGGCGGAUCUGAUCCUUCAGCAGCACCAGUACCAUAUGGCAGUAUCUUUUCUCCAAGAGAGCCAGGCAGCGGUGGUGGUAAUGGCGGUGGGGUUGGUGGAAGUGGUGGUGGUGUUUUACAUUGGGUCACAAGUCAUUAUUUUGAGUUGCAUGGUCUUUUAGCUAUUCAAGGAACAAAUGGAGAAGGAACAGAUGCUGGCGGUGGUAGUGGUGGUUCUCUGCUCAUUGAAUCCAUGAAUUUUACUGGACAUGGCGUAAUUGAUACAGCUGGUGGUAAUGGAACAGGAACUGGAGGUGGUGGUGCUGGUGGUAGAGCAGCUAUACACUGUGAAUUGAGGUACACAUUUGGUGGAACCUUUGAAAAUCAAGGUGGAAUCAGUGAAACCAAUGCAACAUAUGCCAGUCAUGCUGCUGCAGCUGGUACCACUUUCGUUAAGAACAAUAACAGACCACUAGAAUACAGAAUCUUGAAAUAUAUGCCAGGUUCCAGUGUCGCUUACUUUGAAGUGGAUCACAGAUAUAUACAUAUGGACAAUAAUGGAGUAGCAUCUCCUGUAGCAACUAUGAUCAUGGAAAAUGAAACAAAAUUGUACGAGUUCAAUGAAACUCAAGUAGAUGGAUACACCAGGGUGCUAUUUUACCACCCCACUGAUUCCCAAGUUGAAGUUGUUAUACACAGAUUCUUGGGAGAUAGAACAGGACAAGUCCAUGUGAGGUCAAACCAAACAAUUUUUGUGGAAUAUGUUGAAUCGGAAUCAAAUGUGACUGAAGCACCAGUUAGUUACAUUAUAGAUGAUGGAGCGGAAGUUGUUUUCCCUACUGAAGUUCAUUUACAAGGUAUAAAUACAACUCAAGAUGGUAUGAUUACUGGUGUUCACCAUCUUUAUGUUGAAGAUGGGUGUUCAUUGAGUGUAUCCAGCACAGCACAAACAGCACAACUUGAAAAUGAGCAGAAAGUAAAAAUAUCUGAUAAAGGUAACUUUGACCUUCCUACAAUCAAUGUCAGGCAAGAUGGAAUCAUGGAGUUCAGGAAAAUAAGUAAUGAUUUUACUAUCAGUGCAGCUUUCUUGGAAUUGAAAUAUGGAGGAUUGAUAUUGAUGAACCAUGGUUAUAUUGAAGCUGGUGAUCUAGAUAUUGAGUCCACUGGUACAUUAAGUCUUGAAGGUCGUGGAUAUGAAGCUCAAAACGGACCAGGUAAUGGGACAGGAAACAAUGGUGGUAGCUAUGGUGGUGUUGGAGGCGGUGCAACUGACUCUGAUGCCUAUGGUUCAGUAUUUGAUCCUUACCAUCUUGGUAGUGGUGGUGGUGGAAGUACUGGUGGUGCAGGUGGAGGAUUUUUGAAUUUCACAAUUGGUAAAUCUCUCCACAUUGAUGGAAUUGUUGAUGCCUAUGGAGCAGGUGCAUCUGGAAAUGGAGGCGGUGGUAGCGGUGGGACAAUCUUUAUUAAAGCUUUCAACAUGUCUGGUCUUGGAACUCUUGAUGUUUCUGGUGGAGAUGGUAGUGGAACCGGAUAUGGUGGAAGUGGCGGAAGAAUUGCUGCCCAUAUUGAAAGCUUCAACCUAUUUGCUGGCCAAUAUCUUUCGCAUGGUGGACUGGGUAAUGUGGCCCAGAAUGCUGGUGGUCCAGGAACCAUCUACAAAUUUGAAUCGAACAGGAGCCCGGCUUACAGAGAGCUUAAAUACAACCCCAGACUGAACAAAACUAUGAUAGAACCAGAACACAGAAAACUGACAGUUGAAAAUGGUGACAGAGGAACAACAAACCCAGCAGUUGUAAUGGAAGCAAACAGUUUUUACUAUGAAUUUGAAGAGAUUCAGGUUGAAGGUUACAGUUAUGUUCAUUUCUACCAUCCUAGCACUGUAAGUGUUGUCCAGGUGAUUGUCCAUGAGUUAACGGGUAAUAAACAGGGUAUGGUGAGAGUACAAAGUGAUCAGCAGCUAAUGAUUCACUUUGUAGCAGCCACUCAUACAUAUCUUGACACACCUUGUGGUUUUCAUGUGGAUCCUAAUGGAGAAAUCAUCCUGCCAUCUACAGUUGUAAUGCGAACUGAGAAAACAAUCCUUGGUGGAAUGAUGAUAGGUGUUGAAGAACUGGUCAUUGAACGUGAUGCUGAGUUUGUUAUAGACAAUGUUGCAAGUACACUUACAGUUGCUAGUAUCAGUAUGGGAACUUUGCAAAGCCCAAAUCCAGGUGUGUUUGAUGUUCCAACAAUUUCUGUCAAUAACCUUGGUUUGUUUACGACAGACAUGAACCCUCUCCACCCAACCAUCAAAUCUGGUCAGUUGACUGUACUUAAUGGUGGAACCUUUGCAGUAAACACCAAACAGGUUACCAUAGAAUCAGCUAACCUAGAUGUCGAAUAUGGCGGUACAAUUGAUGGCACAGGGCAAGGUCACGAGAAGGCAACUGGACCAGGAGCAGGAACUGCAUCAUCUUAUGAUGCAAGUGGAGGCUCUUUAGCCAGCAAAGGCGGUAACAGUCAUCAUGGAGCUGUGAGCGGUGCAGCCUAUGGUUCCACAGACUGCUCAGAUAUCCAUCUCGGCAGUGGUGGUGGUGGUGACAAUGGUGGUGCUGGUGGUUGUUACUUGCAGCUGGAUGUUGGAACGAAAACAACUGUGUAUGGAACUAUAGCUGUUGAUGGAGAAUCAGGUAUUGGUGGCUACAAGAGUGGAGGUGGUAGUGGUGGUACUCUCAAACUAACCACAGCUUCCCUCGUUGGUCGUGGUAGCCUUACCAGUCAUGGUGGAAAUGGAAUUUAUGGAACAUACAGCUCCACAGUAAUUGGUAAUGGCGGUGGUUCUGGUGGCAGGGUCUGUGUCUACCUCUCAGAACAACUGAGAUUCCUCGGAGAACUGACUGCUCUUGGAGGAAGCAGCAGUGCUUCCCAUGGCUCCCCUGGAACUGUGUGGGUGAAUUCCACUGAAGGCUCGGACAUUGUCACCCACUUGUGGGUAGAUCAUGCCUCGCGUGGUUCAGGCUGCACCAGCUACCCUGUCUAUGUUGAUGUUUCUGAAAUCAAUAAUUUCCAUCCAAUGAGAACAGCCUGUGUACAUCCAUCUUUGGAUUGCACAGUUGAACACAUUGGUGGGGACGGCACUGGAGAAAUUCAAGUUGAUUCGAGUGUUACAAUGGAUGUUGCCCAGGAUCACCAACAGACACAUGUACAAUCCUCAGUCUACAUCUAUGGAGUGGUUAGCUUCCCAACAACAACUUAUGCUGAACAGACUGUUACAAAUGAAGGCAAAAUGGUUGGAGUUGAGCAUUGGUACACAAGAGGGCACACUAAGUUACUUUCAACAGGACAAUCUAAAUGUUCUCUUGGCGUAAGCCAUGUGGGAAAGUAUUAUUUGACUACUUUUACUGCUCUUAGUGAUGGUACAUUUGAGAUUGAUGAUCCUGGAUAUGAUUCAAAUGCAAGUAUAUCUAUAUUUACUGAUGUUUUCCACAUGGAAGGUCAGUCGCAUGGAUACAUCAUGAAGGCAAGCAACUUCAUGGGCCGUUUAUUAGAGAUUGAGAAACAGUCAACUCUAGAUGGAGCUGGUGAAGGAUACGUUACUAAUUCUGGUACAGGUGCUGGAUGUUCUAGCAGUUGUGGGUCAGGUGGAGGUCACGGGGGCCGUGGUGGAAAUUGCUACGGCUGUGGAAGUUGUAGCGGUGGUGGAACAUACGACAGUUCAGUGUUACCUUCCCUUUCCGGCAGUGGAGGCGGCGUUUGUUCUCAUGGGACAGGCGGUGCUGGUGGCGCAGCUGUAAGACUUGUACACACAUUUACAGUCGUUGAAGGUCAGAUAACAAUGAAUGGUGAAUCGAGCACAGGAGGUGGCGGAGGAGGUGCUGGAGGGUCCAUUUGGCUGGAUGGUGACGUUAUUUCCGGUUGGGGUUACCUGUAUGCAUCUGGAGGAUCUGCUGGAACUGAUGGUGGUUGCUACAAUCCCUGUUGUAAUGGACAUAGAGGUGGUGGUGGCGGAGGUGGAAGAAUUAGGUCAUAUGGCACAGAAUACACCAGCAAAGUUAUCCAACACAGACGCUCUGUUGCAGGAGGCUCUGGAUCAUACCAAAGCGGUAGCACUGGUUCUCUUCAAGAAAGUCAUGGUGAUGCAUGCAGUGGACACGGAGUAUGGAACUCUUCUACACUUCUGUGUGAAUGUUACAAAUCUUUUGUUGGAGCAGACUGUCAGUUUUACUGCGAUAAUGAUAUAACUUGUGAUGGAAAUGGUGUCUGCAAUGACCAAGGACAAUGUGAAUGUAACACUGGAUUUGUGGGAACCCACUGUGAAAGUCAGUGUCACAGAGACAUUGACUGCAGCAGUCACGGUGAAUGCUCAACAUGCGGUGCCUGUGUCUGUGACCCUUGCUUCUCUGGUCCAGACUGCUCCAUAGAGUGUGGAGGAUUUGGUGCCUGUGUCGCCGACCAGUGCGUGUGUGAUGACUGUCAUCUUGGUGUUUUCUGUGAAUCUGAAUGUAAUUCUCAUGGUACCUGUGAUGCAGUGAACAACAAUUGUACGUGUGAUGCUAACUGGGGUGAUGAAAAAUGUACCAGGAAAGGUUGCCCAGGAGCUGAUCUAAACUGUAAUGGACACGGAAUCUGUAACUCUGGGACAAGCGAAUGCUUCUGUAACAUAGGGUGGAAAGGGGCGGACUGUGGAGAUCCAGAUUGUCCUGGAGAACCAAACUGCAAUGAUCGCGGUGUUUGUAAUGAGCUGUAUGAUCCUCCAAUCUGUACCGACUGUCAGACAGGCUGGAUGGGUCCGGCUUGUGAUGACGUCUGCUUACAUGGAACACCAAAUUCUAACCAUACAAUGUGUAUUUGUGACCAGACAUGCAACCACGGUCAAGGUUGUGAUAUAGAGUGCUCUGGAAAUGGUAUCUGUAAUCCAAAUGGUUCUGGUGACUGUUUCUGUGAUCCAUUGGUUGGAUGGAGUGGAACCUACUGUGAAGUCCCAGGCUGUCCGAGAAACCCAGUGACUGAUGUGGAAUGUAGUAACCGUGGUAACUGUGACUCUGCAACUAAAAAGUGCAUGUGUGAAGCUGGAUGGGAAGGUUCUGCCUGUCAUAUAGCAGAUUGUCCUGGAGACCCAAAUUGUUACAAUCGUGGAACUUGUGAUGAAUCUACCAGCCCACCACUGUGUUUGUCUUGUGAUGCCGACUGGAUGGGUCCUGCAUGUAAUGACCCCUGCCUUCAUGGAACACAGACACCCAUGGAUAGUGGUAUUUGCGUUUGUGAUGAAGGUUGGGCCGGUGUUGGUUGUAACUCGGAAUGUUCGGAACAUGGAAACAUCAGCUCUAUUACGGGAAUGUGUAACUGUACAUAUGUUCUCGGUUGGAAAGGAAGAGUUUGUGACAUUCCUGGGUGUCCAGGCUUAAACGGGAUUGACUGUAGCGGUAGAGGUGGUUGUGAUAGUACAACAGCAACUUGCACAUGCAACAAGGGCUGGCAAGGUAUAGGUUGUGAAUAUGCUGAUUGCCCAGGAGAUCCAGACUGUAACACUAAUGGAACAUGUAUAGACUCAAAUGACCCACCAACUUGCUUGUGCUACAAUGGUUGGUUUGGUGAAGCAUGUGAGGAACCCUGUGUCAAUGGACAAAUGAAUCCUGUUGGAAGUCAGAAUUGCGAGUGUGAUCCUGGAUGGGUGGGCAUUAACUGUGAUGUAGAAUGCUCGUACCAUGGUACAAUUGUCAACAGUGCAUGUGUCUGUGAUAUUGGAUGGCGUGGACGUGUCUGUGAUAUACCAAGUUGCCCCGGUAACAUGACAGAUUGUAGCGGAAAUGGUGACUGUAAUGCAGCUACUCAUGAAUGUACAUGUUACAGUGGAUGGACUGGUCAGGCUAACGGUGCAGGAUAUGUUGACCCGUUAUUAAAUGGUUGUGAUGUCCCAGACUGUCCUGGUUCACCAGACUGCAACAGUGAAGGCAUAUGUGAUGAUACACUCACCUCACCUAAAUGUAAAGAUUGUAACCCUGGCUGGAUGGGAGAAGCCUGUGAAGAUAUUUGCGAUGCUGUCCAUGGAGUUCAGAGCCCAAUGAACAGUGGUUUCUGUGAAUGUGACAGCUGUUACACAGGCAAGGGUUGUGAUGUCGAAUGUGACGGCCAUGGACAAUGUGUCAAUGGAUCAUGUAAUUGCACUGUAGGCUGGCGAGGUUCUAAAUGUGAGGUCCCAGGAUGUCCUGGCAAUGGUUCAGACUGCACAGGCCAUGGUGUAUGUAACUCAGCCUUGCACAUGUGUAUAUGUUUACCAGGUUGGACAGGUGAUGACUGUGCUAAACCAGACUGUGGAUAUGGUGCGUGCUAUGCCAAUGAGAGCCGAGGAUUAUGUGACGGUUCAUCAGGGGUACCAGAGUGUGUCUGUAAUAUAGCAGAGGGUUGGUUUGGACUUGACUGUGACAAGAAGUGCGAGAAUGGAACUGUUGUCAUGAACAACCUGGGUGGAGAAUGUGUCUGUUUUGAUUGUUACAAUGGUGAUAGAUGCCAGCUCGAAUGUUCUGAUAAUGGUAUCUGUGACAACGAAAAUGCAUGGGUUGGAAGUCUGUGUGAGACAGAGGGUUGCCCUGGUGCAGAUGGAAAAUGUGAUGGACAUGGUACUUGCAUCAAUAUGGAAUGUAUUUGCUUCCCUGGUUGGCAAGGAUACAAUUGUAGUAUCCCAGAAUGCCCCAAUGACUGUAAUGGUGUUGGUGACUGUGAGUAUGAUCCCAUCCUGGAAGCGGGAGUUUGCCACUGUUACCCUGACUGGAUCGGAGAUGACUGCAGUAUUCCGUGCAUCAAUGGUACUAACAAUGGUGAUGGCGUAUGCUCCUGUUACCGCACAUGUGAUACAGGUUUGUCUUGCCACUUGACAUGUGAAGGACAUGGUGCCUGUGAUAACAAUGGAAGCUGUAUUUGUGAUUUUGACAUGGGAUACAAAGGUGAUCAGUGUAAUAUUGAUGGUUGCCCUGGCUGGCCUGACAAUUGUAUGAACCACGGAACAUGUAAUGCUGCUAGCGGAGAGUGUCAGUGUGACCAAGGAUGGAAGGGUCAUGCAUGUCAUAUCCCAGACUGUGAUUGUAACGGUAUCAAUGCUACAUGCGAACAGAGGGCUGGCGAUCUGAAACCAAGAUGUUACGAUUGUGAUGCACCUUAUAUAGGGGACCAGUGUCAAUUCAGGUGUGAAUAUGGUGUUGAGGAUCCAGCCACAUUUGAGUGUAUUUGUGAUCCUUGCUACAGUGGGGCUGAGUGUGACUCCCUAUGUAAUAACCAGGGCAACUGCACUGCUAAUGGCACCUGUGAUUGCGGGUUUGAUGGUUACCGUGGUGACUACUGCCAGACCAAAGAAUGUCCCGGUUACGAUGUCUCUUGUACUGGACAUGGACAGUGUAAUCCUGCUACUGGUGUUUGCAGUUGUUCAACCGGAUGGACUGGUAUAGGUUGCCACAUUGUAAAAUGUGAUAAUGACUGUAGCAAUGCAGGCACUUGUUUAGAAAUAGCUGUACCAAAAUGUAAUUGCAGUGCAGGGUAUUUCGGCUCAGACUGUGGAAGUUAUUGCUACAACGGCAAUAUCAUUACACCGGAUCCAAACGAUUUGUCAAGUCAGUACUGUGAAUGUCACUCAUGUUACACUGGUUUUGAAUGUAACACAGAAUGUUCUGGACAUGGAACAUGCUACAAUGGUACCUGUGACUGCGGUUCUGCAGGAUGGAGAGGAGAUAACUGUGAGAAAGUUGGUUGUCCUGGUUUAUAUGGUACAGAUUGUUCAGGUCAUGGAAGCUGUAUUACUGGUGCUGCUAAUACAAUUGGUACAUGUACGUGUAACACAUACUGGACAGGAGACGGUUGCUGGACAGCUGAAUGUCUCAAUAACUGUACUGGAUAUGGUAUCUGUAAUGACUCAGUGGCUGUUCCCUUCUGCACCCAGUGUGACCAAGGCUGGAUGGGUCCAGACUGUAGCACACCCUGUUACGGAAUUCAACAACCUAUGGACAGUGGAAUCUGUGUAUGUACAAGUAAUUGUGAGAGUCAAGCAGAUAACUGCCUGGAAUCAUGCAGUGGUUAUGGAACAUGUGAUAAUGUUACUGACAGUUGUGUCUGUCAUGAUGGCACUGGCUACAACCCAACCGGCUACUGGGGCACACUGUGUGAGACUAAAGGCUGCCCUGGUAUGAGUGAAUCUUGCAGUGGUCACGGUCAGUGUAUCCAGGGUAGCUGUAAGUGUGAUCCUGGAUGGACAAUUAAUGCCACUUCCUGUCAUGUUCCUGAUUGCCCUGGUACACCAGACUGUAACGGCAAUGGUGCUUGUGAUACUAGUGGAGUGGUACCUGUCUGUACCUGCUAUCAAGGAUGGAUGGGUAAUGAAUGUCAGUAUCCAUGUAUAAAUGGAGCGGCACAGCCAGAUCAGACCUGUUUGUGUGAUCCAUGUUACACAGGUGCUGCCUGUGACCAGAUCUGUUCGGGACUUGGUACCUGUGUUAAUGAUACCUGCUCCUGUGAUAGUGGAUACUGGGGUACUGAAUGCGAUGUACGUGGCUGCCCUGGAGAUGGGUCAAGUUGCUCUGGUAACGGUAUCUGUACAGUGGCCUCCCAGACAUGUACCUGUAACGUUGGGUGGACAGGUGUUGGCUGUGAUACAUGGGAUUGCCCUGGUACACCCGAUUGCAAUGGAAAGGGUUCCUGUGACGGUGCAAAUCACUGGCCUCCAAAGUGUGUCAACUGUACCGACUCCAUGGGAUCAGAAUGCCAGUAUGACUGUGUACAUGGUAACGAAUACCCACAGUUCUCGAGUAUCUGUGUAUGUGACCCAUGUUAUGACGAUUUUGCAUGUAACAUUGAGUGCAAUAAUGUGGGAACUUGUGUCGCUGCUAAUGCAACCAAUUCAUGCGAUUGUGAGCCAGGAUACAAAGGCGAUUUCUGCGAGGAGUUGGACUGUCCAGGUGACCCCGACUGCAGUACAUAUGGACAAUGUAUCCGAGAUACAGCUACAAACUCAUCCAUCUGCGUGUGUGAUGCUGGUUUCACUGGGGCUGAUUGUUCAGAAUUCGUCUGCCCUGGAGCUGUCAAUGAUACGUGCAAUGGAAAUGGAGAUUGUCUCUUAUUACCUGGAUAUUCUGCACCCCAAUGUGUAUGUUACCAUGGUUUCAAUGGCCUAGCGUGUGACUCAUGUGUUACUAAUUUUGUUGGUACAAAUUGUGAGCGAUGUAGGGAUGAUUAUAUUGGCUACAACACAACAUGUGACACAUUCUGUGCUAAUGGAUAUGCCACAGUAACAGGCGGUGACGUUUGUGAAUGUUUUGAUGAUGAUGUAAAUGGUCACUGGAUUAACCCACAAACUGGUUGUGUGGACUGUCUUCUUGGAUGGAAUAAACCACACUGCACAGAAUGUGCUGCAAACUAUGUUGGACCAGACUGUGACAUUAGUUGCGCUGACUUCCAAGGGUACUUUGUGGAUGUUGAUGAUGGAACAAACAUUUCUUCUCCAAUAAUACCAAUAUUCCAGUGUCUAGAAUCAGUUGGAGUUGAUUCCUACCAGGCCUGGUUCGGUUACAGCAACCCUAAUCCAAAUAAUGUAUAUAUCACAGCAUCAAGUGAGAAUGCCAUAUAUACCAAUGGAAUAGUGUCCGGUGUUUACACCCCACCUACCAAGUUUAUAAUUGGCGAUGUUACUUAUGCUACUGUUAUUGGACCAGCCAACCUGUCCACAAUAACAGAUUAUUACUGGUCAGUGGUUACCCUGUCAUUAGCAACAGAGCUGACAGCAGAAAUUGAUAGCUCAAUAUUGUGCUCAAGUGCACCACAACUGACUACAUUACCAGUGGUUCAGGGUGUAUGUAGCUGUUACCACGGCUAUUAUGGUCCAGCAUGUUGGGAUGAGUGUCCAGGUGGUGGUAGUGAUCCAUGUUAUGGGAAGGGUAAAUGUGACACUGCUACCGGAACAUGCACGUGUAUUGAGGGUGCUGACACAAGUACUGACUGUGCCACGUGCAUACCUGGCUGGUUUGGUGAUGAUUGCAAGUUUGCUGGUACAAACAUACAAAAUUCUACCUCAGACUGGUUCACUGGUAUGAUUUAUGGCUAUGGACACUGCCAGACUUAUGAUGGUUCAAAAUAUGACACAAAUGAAGUUGGCCAGUACUUGGUGUCCAGUGUUACCGUUGCAACUGGACAAACGUUGAAUAUUCAUGCUCUAAGGGUUACUGGCAGUAAUCAAGUGCCAGUGGUAACAACAAAUGCAAUUGGACUGUCUAUUGGAGGAAACACUCUUGUGAUCCAGUCAGAUGGUGUCAAUCCAGAAGGCAGGCAAUACCUAAAUGACCAGUUGACGACAGUUGGAAAUGAACUACAGCUUGCUACUGAAGUCAAGAUUGUACAGACAACUCCUUCUCAGUACAUCCUUACUGCUUCUACUGAUUUCUUCAUCACUAUUGAUAUGAAAGAUGGGUUUAUAGACACCUACGUUAGUGGUAAAUCUUCAGUUUGUGGAACUGGACAGGGGCUGCUUGGAGCGUGUGAUUCGAGUCCAAGUAAUGACUUUGUCACCUCUGGUGGAGUUACACUUCUUGAAGGAGAUCCAACCUAUCCUCUUACAGUCGCGAAUAUAGCUGAUGUUUUUGUACCAUCAUGGAAGGUUGAUGAUUCAGUUUUCACCAACUUAAUUCCAGACUACGAUAAUGGAGCAGGUGAAACUUGUCUUCAUAUCAUAAACAGUCCAAUGGAAAGUAUGGAAGUUACUUACUUCACAAAGUCAGAAAUCACAGUUGAUCUUAUCUUCUAUUUGGAGUCAGUAACAGGAGAUUGUGCCACCUUGUGGUCAUACAAGAAUCCAGCGGGAAAAAUAUUCUCUGCACUUGUUUGUGAUGGGUACAUUGCAUUUUCCACAUUUGAUCCUUCUGAAGACAGGACUUCUGUAAACACUCUACCAGUACAACUUUCCACAUGGUAUAAACUGUCCGUUGUUUGGACAAGUUCUGAUGAAACUCUUUACUUUUACCUGAUCGAAGACAAUCUGUCUUUCAUAAAUGCUUUUGCUACUGCCAGUAAUGUUUUGGAUGCAUUUACACCUGGUGGAACAUUUAUGCUAGGCAUUACCCAUGACUUCCUUGUCCAUCCAUUUGACGGUUAUGUAGAUGACUUUACUGUCUGGAAAGCAUCAUUUACUCUCAAUGAAAUCGUUGCACGGGCAUUUGAAUAUACAACUGUGUCCGACCAAACUGACCUAUCGUAUAUAUGGAGAUUCAACGAGGGUAAUGGGUACAAAACUGAAGAUUCAACUUCGAAUGCUGCUCAACUUGGUUGGGAAAAUGGAAAUUGGGCAAAUAUUCAUUGGUCUGUUUGUGCAUAUAAAAUGACGUAUCCUGAUGAAAAUAUCAAAGAUAUCCUUAUAUCCGACCCACCACCUGAAGACGAAGAAAAAUGUAAAAAUAUAACAGAUUCUAUUUCAUAUUUAAACGAGCUUGGAGAUGCUGCUAAAUACCUUUACUAUGAUGAAUGUCUUCUAAACAUAGCUAUUACAAAUGAUACAGAUUCCGGGGAUGAUAUUCUGACGCCAAUCACAGACACAAAAGAACCAAAUCGCACUGAUCCUGAUUAUCCUACAAAAGAUCUUUGUAAUGAUUACCCCGAUCAGUCAAAUUGGUAUGGCAAAUUUUGUAAUGUGUAUUGUGUCCAAGGAUCUGGUAUUUAUGAUAUUAAUGACGAUAAAUGUUAUUGCGUUGACGGGUUUUAUGGAUAUGGCUGUGCUAACCAGUGCCCAUAUGCUCAAGGAGAACCUUGUGGUGGUGGAACUUGCGAUAAAGAUACAGGUGAUUGUACAUGUACGUCUGAGAAGUUUGAUCCAUCGACAGGUUGUCAGACAUGUGCAAGUGGAUGGAUCGGAACAGACUGCUCAUCUGUAGCUGCAGUAAUACCAAGCUCACUGUCUAAAUACUCAGCCAUGUGUUUUGGUCAAGGUCAUUGCAACAUGUUUGAUGGACAGGCAUUUAACAUGAAGAAAUCAGGAGAAUAUCUUUUGUUUGGAAAGGUAUCUGAAAACCUUUCUGUUUUUGUAAGAGUAAGACCCUGUGCAAGCUGUAAAGCCAGUAUCCAACAAGUCUGGUUCCAGAUGGCUUCUGAUGAUUUCACAGUAAAAGUACCAUUAAGCGAAAAUAAACCUCUAAUUUUGGAGCAUAACGGUUCACCAGUCACAAUUUUAAGUCUCUCAACAUAUACUAUAAAUUCUGCAACCACUAUUAGUUGGAUCGAUAAAGUAACGUUACAGUUUGUUCUCGGUCCUGUAACUAUUGAUAUUUCUUAUCUGGAGAAUUCUGCAUACCUCUCAGUUAAUGUUGAGACUGCCUGCUCAAAUGGCGACCAAACAGGAUUGCUUGGUAACUGUAACCAAGACCUUGAUGAUGAUUUUGUAGACAUCAACGGAAAUGCCGUGGCAUACGCAGAUAUUAGCAAUACUAUAAUAGAUGAUGAGUUUACACAAUAUUUUGCAAGAGAUCAGUCACUUAGCAGAUCUUUUGUGUACAGCUAUCCAGGACUAAGCAUCAGUGAACCUCAAAGUAUGGUCCAAGGCUACAGUCUUUUAUUCAAUGGAACGGGAGCUAUGUCCGGCAGAGUACCUACAGAUGCUUUCUUUGAAAACUUGCCAUUUAAUGUAUCUGUAGAGGUUAAAAUGAAAUUCUUGGCUGAUGGUGGACUUGUUCUUGGGUACUACAAAGCAGAUUCUGACAAUGACUUUAGUCUUUUCUUGAACAAUUCAAAACUUCACAUACAUCUGUAUGGUACUGUUUAUGAUACAAACACAACAUUAACAAAGGACCAGUGGUAUCACAUCAUCUUGACUUUUGAUGUAACCAGCAACAAAAUGGACUUGUUUUUAUAUACAAAUGGUGCUGUUUUCCUAUCAAAGCAGUACACAAAUAUUAAUGUUACCUUUCCCCCGUCUGGUAAUUUCUUGCUUGGUGACUGGGAAGUUGCUCCUCCGCUUGAGUUUGGAAUAUUUCAUGGACUUGUUGGUGAAAUAAGAAUUUGGAAUAUUUUCCUGGACAGCCAGAAGAUCUAUCAGUUAAAUACAAAUCCUGAUAUAAAUGGAGUUAUUGGUUUGGUAAUGCAUUAUAGAUUUCAAGAGGGCUAUGGGUAUGUAACAUACGAUUCACACCAGAAUAUUGGAAUGACCAUUGCUGAAUCCGGUGACACAGCUUGGAUAAUCUCUGAUAAACCCGGUCAGACUAUUGAAAGUUUUGAAUGUUCUGGAACCAUUGAUAGCACAAGAGCGGCAGAAUGCGAAGAUAUAUUCAAGACAAACUCUGUCACUGCCGCUUGCAGUGGGCUUGGAACAGACUUCUCUACAUUCUACAUUGACGCUUGCAAGAGUGACGACAGUUAUGUUCCAGCAUUGGUUUCUUACAUUACAGAAUGUGAGACCAUUAUAAAUCCAACCUCGGAUCCAAUAGAUGACCUAUGUAGCGACCAUAAAGCAGACCACUAUGAUAGUUUCUGUGGUCAUUUCUGUAUGCAAGGUACACCAACCUCGCAAGGAUGUAUUUGUAAUAUUGGAUUCUGGUCAUGGAAUUGUGCACAAGAGUGUCCAGAUCGCACUGGUCCUGACAAUCUACCAUGCUUUAAGCAAGGUUCCUGUGAUACAGAUACAGGUGAAUGUAUUUGCUACCCAGGUUUUGACCCAAGUGUUAACUGUCAGACUUGUUUACCUCCAUUUACUGGAGAUAAUUGCGACGAAGCAAAUCUUACACUCCCAACACCACCAACAGGUUCAACAACUGUUGCUCCGACUACGUCUACUACUGGUGGUGGAGGUAGUACAACUUCUGCGCCAGGAACCGGGGGUAGUACAACGGGUGGAAGCGGCGGAGGGUCAACAGGCAGCUCAGGUAGUGGUGGUUCUGGAGGGACUAAUUCAAGCUCUGGAACUGGAGGCACCACACAAACCACAGGCGGAGGAGGUUCUGGAGGGACAACCACAAACCCAGGUGGAGGUGGAUCUGGAGGUUCGAAUUCAACUUCUGGUAGCGGUGGUUCUGGUUCAACCACAUCUGGUAGUUCUGGAUCGACCACAUCAAGUCCUGGAAGUGGUGGUUCUGGCGGAAGUGGGGGAUCUGGUUCGAGUGUUGCUGAAUAUGUAACUUGUCAAUUAUUCGGUAUGCUGCGAGUCAAGUCUUUUGCAGAUGAAUUAUUUUCAAUUGCUACAACUAAUGAAUGGUAUCUGUUAGCUCCAUUGGGGACUGAUGUACCUGAAAUAAAAGUGCAAAGUAUAAAGUGUGGAGCAAGUAUCUGUUUGAAAUCGAUGCAGAUUUCACACCAGACUGAAAGUAUUGUGGUUGAUGGAACACUAGGCAAAACAGAACGUGUUAGAUUGAACGGUGGCUUUGAUCUGAAUGGGCUUAAAUUUUUCACCAUCUCUGAAAAGUCUGAUAACACAAUUGCAUUUGUCAGUGUUAGUGGACAGCUUACUAGAUAUGUAAGAGUUGAAGUCAGCUUUGAAGAUAAAGGAUACAUGAAUGUUCUUCUGAAGACAGAUUGUGAAGCAUGCACAAACUACACAUUGUGUAAACCCGAGGCAAAUUUUAUUCAGACCUAUGACCCGACUGACCCCUCAACAUUUGGUGACACGCUUGUUCCAUCACAGAAUAAAACGCUUGAUGAUACUGUUAUCGAACCAAACACAACCGCCUACUACUCGUUGAACUUUGGCUCUGGUGGUGGAUCAGGUUCUAGUAGCUCUUCUGGUACAGGCAGCGGAGGCUCAUCUGGUACAGGUAGUGGUGGCUUGUCCAGCAGUGGAGGUGGACUAGGAUAUGACAAACCUAUAGUUUGUACAUCUACAGGUGACACAAGUACGAUUAUCUCUACGCCAGUUUUAAGAGAUACGCUUGACCCUAAUGAGAAAACUACCAUCAAAAUAAACCUCAAACCAAACAAUGGUAGUAGUGGCGGUGUUUUUCAGCAUGUGGGUGAAUCCACUUUCGUCGUUUUCCUGGAUAAUGGCACAGUAAAAGUACAAGCGGAUUCUCAAAUCAUUGAUACUAACAUUGACUUGCCUCCAGAUCUUUGGAGCGAUAUUGAAAUAUAUACUGAUCCUGUUACUGAGACGAUGAAUCUCAAAGUCACAAGCCCUGAUUUAAGUUCAGGCACUCCAGGAGGUGUUUCUGGAACAGAUACAACCACACUGACAAGCAUAUUUACAGCUCCAAGUGUUUGUUUUUCUGAUAACGGGCGUGUUGUGAUUGGUAAACCAAUUUUGUCAAUGGAUGAUACCCUUGGAGUUCCGACAGACGGUUCUUUUACAGGUGAAAUAGAGGACGUACAAAUAUACUCCGGCGAUAACGAUGAUGCUGUUCUUGAUUUGAAAUUUGAUGACGGCGAUGGCACUGUCAUUGUAGACGCAUCUUUAGGUGGGCAUAAUCUGACAAUUUUUGACCCUUACGGAUUAGGAACAACAUCUUUUGAUGUAUCAACAAAACCUGCGCCAGAAAUUAUUACAGACACAACGACAGGAUUUACAGAUCUAGAGUCUUAUAAUAAAGCAGUUGAUACUUGUACACAGUUAUUUAAUAACACGUAUAUUGACUCUGAUUGUUCAGGCUUUAGUUUGGCAAUUAAGUCCGUUUACCAGGCAAAUUGUAUGGACAAGAUAGCUAGAACAAAUGAUCUAAACAGCGGAUUAGAUGCUUUACAGUCUUACACAACUUUGUGUUAUAACCAGCUGAUAGAGAAUAAUAAUGAUAACUCUACACAGUCACCUUUCAUGGAUCCAAUCAGGUAUUUGUGCAUUGAUGACAAAAUUAAAGCUGGUUUCGUCGGAGCUAAUUGCGAUAUAAGAUGUGUACAUCCAGAACCAACAAGUGAUGGACUUUCAUGUGAAUGUGCAUUAGGCUAUUGGGGUACUGCUUGUGAUACAGAAUGUCCCGGUGGAGCAAUUAAUCCAUGUAGCUCUCAUGGAAUUUGUAACACUGUUACAGGUUUAUGUUCAUGUAGUAUUAAUUACAAGGGGAAUGACUGUUCAGUUUGUGCAGAUGGAUUUACUGGAGCGGACUGUCAGGCUGCUGUUCAGAAUACUCCAUUCUCUGCAAAUACAUAUACAACUUUUGUAACGGGUAAUAGCUACAUAAAAACAAUAGAUGGCGCAUACGUUCAAUUAAACAAUAAAGAUCAGCCUUUUGAACUGUACAAUGAUGGCACAAUUAAAAUUGAAGCGCAAAAAGGGCCAACAGACAUUUACCCAAGUUCGAUUAAAGCAGUUGCUCUUUCUGUCGGCGGGCAAAAUGUUACUAUACAUCCUCAAGAUUCAGGAACUGUGAUGCUGAAUGGCUCAUUUGUUACUCUUGGAAGUAUUGACUUACCGUCAGGUUACACAGUUGCAAAAAGUAGUAAAACCGAAUAUGUGAUAAACGGGCCAGACAACUUUGAAAUGACUAUACCAAUGUUUGACGAUGGAAUGGGUGUAAGCUUGACUGUUCCUAAAUCAAGUUGUAAGUCUUCUACAGGUGUUCUUGGAAAAUGUUCAGCUGGAGAUGCAAGUCAGUGCGACCCAGCAGACAUGAACUGCAUUAUUCGGGAGGUUGGAGUAGCCGAGGCCUGUAGUGGAUAUGGGGCAAGUACUCAAGAUCUUGAUGAUUUCUUUGCUGACUCAGCAAAACAUUAUGAUAAUUCAAUAUUUGCAGGUUCAGGCGAAACAGAAGUAACUUCUGGUACCGGAUUAAAGAUUGCAGAUGGUGGAUACAUAUCCUUACCUCCAUUCGACGACAGUGUUAUAAGUGCAGACUCGACUGAAAAGUCUGUAGAAAUGCGACUGAAGCUUGAUACGGCAGAUGAUGGAACAAUUUUCAGUGUUGCCAAUGACAACACAACAUUUGGAGUUGUAAUAAAGAAUGAAAAGUACUUUUUACAGUAUGGGAACCAAACAUAUGCCACAAAUACUCCCGUGACUGUAGGUGAAUGGACAAACAUUGGAAUUGCUCUGAAUGACACAUCAGGGGAAGUUCUAUUCCAUGAAAUACAUGAGACUGGUUAUAAAUACAAAUUCAUUAAUAUGUCAGAUCAAAUUUCUCAGUUUGGUUCUCCUAUUUCUGAUGGUAGUACGGCAAUGAUUGGAAAGUGGCAGAAUCUUACAACAAGUCAGCCAUCGUCUGGUCCCGGAGACUCACAUACGCCUGUUAUUGCUGUUGAUAGGUUUCUUUUGUUUGACGAUCAUCUAACAUUGAAUGAUUUUACAGACCAUUAUGAGAGAAAUAUUGACAAUACCACGUCCGAUUUAUCAGAUACGUCAGAUGCAUCGCCAACAGGCAGCUCCACUGGAUCAACGUCCAGCUCAUCAUUUAAUUCAUCUUCUGGUUUGGCUCCGUCAUCAGGAAGCGUAUCAAAUUCAUCGUCAAGUGGAACGAUAUCUUAUACAGUUGAUGGAAAAGAUAAGCCCAAAAUGGGUGUAAACUUUGAUGAAGGCGCUGGAAACACAGCUAAGGAUUUCAUAAGCGGAAAAGACGCUGUUGUUGGAUUUGAUGGUGAUUACAGCUGGGUUCCAAGUGAUCCUCCAAUAACAACAAAAGGCGUGCCAGAUCAAAGUAGCGUAGAUAUCAUUCCGGAUACUGUUACUGAUACCAGUGUAAAUGAUACUUGUAGCAAAGUGAAAGAAGUUAUGAAUUCAGCAUGCAAUAACAUGGAUCAACUUGUGGACUUCAUGUACAUGAGUUGUCUGAAUGAUGCUACUGAUUCAAAUAAUGUUGAUAAUACUUUGAUUUCUGCUAGAGCAUAUGCCACAGAAUGUAUGAAAAAGAUGAACUUGCCCAGUUUGCCAAUUGAUUCAAUGUGUAAUGUGUUUGGUAGCCGUGAUUACCCAGUAGUUGGAGGUCAGAACUGCACACAGAACUGUUACUUUGGCUCAUUCGUGUCAAAUGAAUGCACAUGUGAUUACGGAUAUUGGGGCACGGAAUGUGAAAACGAGUGUCCUGGUGGUCACCUUACUCCCUGUAAUAAUCAUGGAACUUGCGAUCUUGUUACUGGGGAAUGCUUUUGUGAGCAAAACUGGGGAGGCGAUGCAGAGUGUAAGACAUGUUCGCAAUAUUUCUCUGGAAAUGACUGUGAUUUAUUUAGUACAGAUCCCAAUGUCGGAACGAUAACAACCCCAAAUCUUUCAAGUACUACUCCAGUCACUCCUACCAGUUCAUCUGGACCGGGAACCACAGGAACGCUUACUACUUCCGCAGGAACAGGGAACAAUGGAACGGGGACAGGAACCAAUGGAACUGGAACCUCUUCAAUCGGAACGACCACAGGAGUGACUGGUACAACUCCGUCUGGUACUGGUGGAACUGGAACAGGAACCAGUGGAACUGGAACCUCUUCAGUAGGAACGACCACAGGAGUGACUGGUACAACACCGUCUGGUUCUGGUUCGAAUAGCUCUGGUAGUACAAGCGGAAGUGGUGGCAGUGGAUCAGGCGGAAGUGGCGGAGGUGGUACGAGUGUUACACCGACAGCUUUUACAACCACCCCGGGUAUUGAUACUCCUAUAUAUUGUGUUGCCAAGGGUAAAAAAGGAAAAAUCACCAUGUUUAACACAAAACAAAAGAAGCUCAAUAAGGCAUUUGACAAAGGCGUUCUUUUGGAAUUCCAUAAGCUCAGAGUAACGAUACGACAGUCUAUGACGAAAAAGAAAAAGAAGAAAUCGAUCAAUAUCGAUAAAGUGUUUAUAACGUAUAGAAGUUCUUACGUCAAUUUCGAAUUCUCAAAACAAAGAACGAAGAAAAGUAAAAAAGCCAAGUCAAAAGUCCUUAUCGAUGGAACUGUAUGGAAGAAGAAAACAAUAAUUGACAAAACAAUAGGGGAUAUGUGGCUAACAAACAAAGACACCUCAACGAUCACUGUGACUAUCAAGCCGCUUAAUUUAUACAUUGAAAUCACCAGACGCAGCAGUUUCUUUGUCGUUAACAUUAAACUGAUGUCGAGCCUUUGGGAUACUAAGGGUCUAUGUCAGUGGGUACCGUCAAAAGUUGCAGACCUUUAUACACACGAGUACGAGAAGUUUACAAGUGCCACACCUAUUCCUGGAUACACAGGGACAACUUGUAAGGCAGACAUGGACUUCAGCAAUACGAAUUACUUCGAUAACACCAACACCACAAACAAAGUGUCUGGCAAUGCUCUGUGCUGCAACUCUGCGAGUGCUAGUUACAAAAACUUUAAACUGUUUGCUGAGAAAACCUCCGAAGUUACAAUAAUGUUCUAUUUGAAGACAUGUACCGGUUGCCAUGGUGUUAUACUUUCAUACAAGACGGAAAAGCCUUUCAGUUUGGAUUAUAAUGACGGAACAAUUGUUCUUUGGUAUGGGAAGAGCUCAAAGUGGGACUCCAAUAUAGAACUAAAGGACAAUGAAUGGUACCAAAUUGUAUUAACAUGGUCAAAAUCGCUUAAAAGAAUGGUACUGUAUGUGUUCAACGAAAAUACUGGAAAUAAACCGCAGAUAUAUACAAUUGAUAAAUUCAAGGAGAAACCUUUCGAUAAUGGAGGAUCUCUGUCUAUAGGAAAGUUCCAAAUAAGCCAGGCUGUACCAAAAUGGAAGAAAGUUGAUUCAUUUGUUGGCUGCUAUGAUUCGCUUGGAUUUGCCACACAAGCACUAGAUGCAAUCACUAUAUCGUCUCUAUAUUCGAAGCCGAUAGACGAAGUGAAGGAAUAUCUGGAGAACAGUGAAAUCAGGUUUUAUUACUACGACUUUGAUGAAGAUACAACAUAUACAAAUGGAUACUUGGAAAUUGAUCUGGACGAAGAUGAACGUAAGAAAGUUUUUGGAAAGAAAGCACGAACACACAUUCAGUUUGAAAAUGAUCCGUUGAGUUCUUGCGCUCAGCGACCUUCUGAUAGCCCUCAAUACGACUCGACUUCAUUAGGUUCAAAGUCAAGACGGCGGCGUUCAGUUGAUGAUGAAUACGAUUUAUCUGGCUUUUGGCUUCAGCAGUCUAUUUCUAACAGACCGAAGAGACAAAGUGAAGAAUACACAAGCAAGCGACUACUGAACAGACCAAAGAGAACAAUUACAUACUCGUUUGAUACUUUCUGUCAGAACGUCUUCCAAAGUACUUCAUCGUCCCUUUCAAAGUAA